GCCAUUCCGGAUCCUGGGGGUUUUAGCCGUAAAAACCCAAACGAAGACUGUCUGGUUAUUUUUGCCGUCUCCAUGUGAUAGAAAAAUUAGGUUCACAGGAGUUUUCAGGUAACGUGGAGUCAUUGAAUCAUCAGAUGUUCAGAUUUCACAGCAGAAAGAAGAGGAAAAACCAGGAGAGGUCAGCAACACAAAUCUGAUGAAAUGUCGUUAGGUGGACUCAUGGCCGUCAGGGUUCUGGCUAGAAGAGUCUCAUGGACAUUGAUGUUUACGGAGAAUCUAAGCCAACCCUAUAAUAAGAGAGAAGAUGAUCUCAACAUCUGCUGCCGUGUGCAUGAUACCAGACACCUGAACCACCACAAAAGCCUCCAAUGGAGAGAAGUAAAAGUGGGUCUGACUGCAGUCCAAACAAACUCCAAGGUCCUUUUCAGAGAGUGCAACACAUUUGAAUGCUUGUGUUUGCAUGAAUUGAGGAGGGUCGAAGCAGAACAAGAGGGAGACUGAAGUCUAACAAAGGACCGUCUAGAUCACGUCAGUCAUCUCCCAGUUUUUUUAUGUGGAUCUGUAUGAAUUAAAGCAGGUUGGACAGUGAGACAGUGCCUGCAGAGUGAGUUAUUGAUACACUGAUCAAUUACCAACAAAUCAAUAACAGUCAUUUCUGCACACCUGUUGCAGACUCUUGUUAUUAAAGCCAACCUCAAAGUGUUAUCUUUAACCCAAGUCCGGCUUCAUGCUGACUGGCUGCAGCCACCAUGAUUUGCAUUAUUUGUUUUACACAAUCAAAACAUAAGUAGAAAAUACAACAAACUUGUAUUUCAUACAUCAUAUAGUGCAAUAUUAUUUGUGCUUAUCACUUUUUUGCACAGGAUUUAAACUUGUAGACACCAGAAAAUUAUAAGAAUGUGCACACAAGAUUAACCUGCACUUUCAGGUAAUUUUUUUUUCAAUCUUAAACAUUUUUGGUUCUGUCUAACUCUAAUCCAUUUGAUUAAAGAUAUUUGGGUUCUUUGAUUGAGAGACCAAGUAAAUGUUACAUAUGGAAGUGUUGACUAACACAAUUUUUGCUUCCUUUUUUUAGCGGAACAGGACAGCGGAUCAUAGUUAUGAAUACAUAGAUAGGACAAGCUCCUUUGAGCUGCGUGACUGCAGCGAGGCGAAGCUAAUGGGGACAACGUUCCCAUUAUAGGCAUUGCAUGUACAUCAAAAAUAAAUCAUAACUUGCUCAUUUCCCAACCGAUUUACAUGUGGUUUACUUUACUUCCAUGCCAAAAUGUGUGCUAUUAAUAUGGAACAUUUGAAUAAACUUCUCAAAUCAAAUUUUGCACCUAUCUGUGCAGCGAUUGAUUAAACUAUGUGCUUGCCUCCGACGAAAUUAAAGCUUUUAUUUUGGACGACACCGGAAGUUGUGUUUGCCGUCUGUUUGGUUGUCGACUUUAAAGGGGACCUGCCAUCAAAAUUUCAUACCCAUUUUUAUCAUUUUUUCAUAAUCCUUACAGGAAAACCAACAGAUUUUGGCUCAUUAACAUUUAUGGUAAUAAAUGUGCUCUGAUUGGCUCAGCAGUGGAGGUUCAGAUUUCGGUUUAUCCAUUUUGCUAAUGUGUGCUAAAGUAAGAUGCCCAGAUGUCUGUAAUUAUAGCCGGGGAUAUUCGGUGCGGCGGCAGCGGGGAGGGUGCAGGGGCUGCAGGGGCUGCGUGAUCACGGAUAACAUCUCAGUACUAUUUAGUAGCAGCGCAUGCCCCUUGUAAUAACCCCCGUAAGAACUGUUGUUCAGGACUGCUUACUUGUGCUUCGUACCCAUUCGGCUACUGUAAUAACCGUUGUUCACAUGCAACAUUUUUGCUCACAUUCAUUAAAUCGGGGACAUUUUCGGGGACAGCUUUUCCCGGGGACAGGUCAUCCAAUUUGGGGUCUGUGCCCGGAAAUCGGGGACGUCUGGUCACCUUAUGCUAAAGGCUAAAAAUGGCAGGUAUUAAACCAUAUAUUUUAGACCCCGAGUCCGAAGAGGAGGUGGAAGUUGAAGAAGAAGCCGGAGAUCUCCAGCUGUGUUUUCAUUCAUUCUGCCCAGCUUUAAGUUCAUCUUCCCCGCAGUGAACCCAAGGAAACACUGGUCGUUUGGAAAAGACCCAUAGUGGAUACAGUGGUAGCUGGGUCUCGCUCUGGCUGGAGAGUGAUGUUGACUGUGAAUGAGUACGAGAACGAGAGAGUGGGCGCGGCUAACCGAGGACGCGCUUAUGAAUAAUAAUUAGCAAGGUCAGCGUGACGUCAGAAGCAGUAGCGGUUUUAGGCACGGGCGAACAGGGCAGCCGCCCGGGGCGGCAUUUGUGUCAUGACUCAUGGGGGGCGGCACGAGCACUUCCAAAAAAAUAAAAUAAAAGAUAAUAAUAAUAAAUCUUAACUGCAAAGCGGUUUUUUAUUAACUCUUGUUGUCAAAUUGGUGCCCCCCACCCGCUGUUAUAGGCGCCCCUGCUUGCUGCGAAGGUGUGAGAUGAGGCGGGGAGAGAGUCGCGGGGGGACAGCUCUGCUCUGUGUACGCAUGUCAGCAAAUCAGUUUUCCAAGCUGGGAGCGCGGCUGCAUUGCUACUCUUAAGCCGGAAGCGCGGAGACGUCAUUUUGUAGUUUUUUAAUCAUUUCUGGAGUCGUGGUGAAUCAAAUCACCGUACCCGUCUGCCUCUGAUAGGCGAAUAAAGCGCUCGGAUCUUGCUAAGCGCUUCGUGAGUAAAGUAAACAAUGACGGACGCAGAGAGCAGCUAGGGGGUCUAGAACCGCCACUGGUCAGAAGGACCUGCUUUUUCAAUUGGCCUGGUUUACCCGUUUCUUUUUUUUUUUUUUUUAAACCUUUACAGAAUGCAAACGACGUAACAGUUUGUUUUCACAUUUACAACAUAAGACGAACAUAAUAUGGACCUUAUCUGACACAAAAACACACAAAAUUACAUUUUUGAUGGUAGGUCCCCUUUAAUGUUUAUGAACCUGUGUUUUUUUUCCAAGUCUAACUUCACCAAAGCAUAUGAGUAUUAAUAUUUAUGAUCGACAGUAGUUAAACUGGAUGCUCUCGACUGCCUGAUGUUAUUGUGGCUUUAGCCUGUAGCUAGCAUCAGCCUCUGCGUGGAGCUGAAGUCUGACGCGCAGAGUUUGGACCGCCACCAGCAGCUGGUCGCGGGGGAGAUGUGGGUCAGGUCCAGGAGCAGGGAGCGCUAAAACUUUGGAGCUAACGCUGUGUCACCGCACACAGUAAGGCCUGCUAGUUGGCUGCUACAUUUAUCCUCCGUGCAGAUGGCCCCGUUUCAGGUUGCAGAGUGUUAGCUCUCCUUGACCGGUCUGCCAGCAUGGGAGACGAUAACGGAGUUAACGGGGACCUGAACGCCAACUCGACGUGCCAGAGCACUGGCGACCCGCAGCUAGAUAAGGUGGUGCACCAGUGGUUGUCCUGGGACAAGGUGAGUAUCAGUUCAUUACAAUGAAGACAACUUUGAGGUCUGUCAGCCGGACGUAAACGACUGUGCGGACAUAAUCCCCCACCAAUCCUCCCCCGUCAAAUUAUCGAUUUGAAAUUGCACUGCAUCUCAGCAAUCUAUCUUUCGACAAUCGAUUGAAAACACUGUUAUCUGAUAAUAGUAAUGUUCUUCUGGUUAAUUCGGCACAGAAAUUACCCGGUAAAAUUAGUACUGUAUUUGGUGAUGGACCAACUUUCAGAGCAUUUUGACCAGUUUCCGAUAAUGGGGGCGUGUAGGAAUCACUGACGCAGCAGCUACAAAACACUCAAUCUAUUGAAAAAUAACAAAUACGAGUUUAAAGUCUGUGUGCCGACGUUUGACUUGACCUAAUUUCUUAUGAUUCUACCGAAAGUUUACUCCUUGAUCCCUUAAAUUUCGUCAUUUUGCCGGAAUAUCUGAAACCAUGGGAUUUCAAAUGGAGUUCUGACUGUGGACUAAGCGGCGCGAGUGGGCUGGUUUUAGCUCUAUGUCUCACCGGUGUCAGUGAGUGCGUUAUUCCCGCAGUGCGGACCUGCAGGCUCGUCUGCACGCAGGAAGGAAACCUGUGGCUGUGUGGAUGUUGGAGGUUAGUAUAACUGACUAAUAUCAGCGUCGUUCUGCCGUUUGCCAUAACACCACAAAAAGGCAUGUACUGCCUAUGUGCUUAUUUUAAUGACUUCAUAAUAAAUCCAUCCUCAUCCUCUAGCCUUGAUUCAUCAUCCAGAUUAUACAAAAUGUUGGAAUCCACAAACUGACCUCCUGUCCUCGGGCUGCUUUCAUCUUCCACAUUUGGUUUGUAUUUCUAACUUGAUUGUCUGUAGGUCCAUUCUAAAUUAGAAAACAUUGUAUUUAUGGGAAAACAACCAAAUGUAUUUAUCUAUGGAGCACUAUUCCUUUGGCAUUUACAAAUGACAUGUGAAGGAAAUGUCACUGUGUAGCCAUGACCCCGGGACACUUUACGAUGAAAAAGAAUUAAGAUGAUGAGUACAUUAACAAUAACAACAUUGUUAUAAGACUAGCAUUUACAGCCAUCAACACUGAAACUCAAAUCCCCAAAAGAAUAUCCAUAUUCAGCAUCUGUAAUGAUUAAACACUGUUGUGUGCUUUUCAUCAGCAAACACUUCAUACCAAUCCACUUCUAAAUUCAUAGAGAUGUUGAAAUACAGCCUGAUGGCAUCAGGCUGCAUUUCAUCAGAAUAGAAAUCACAGUAAACAACACUCUUAAAAUGAAUUAAAAUCACUUAAAAUAAAUUAUUUUAUCCAAAUAUCUGAACGACAGUGAAGGCCCAAGGACAGAGCCCUGAGGUACACCAGGGAUACUUCAGUUACCACUCUGCAUCAGGCAGAUUGAGAUUACGGUUAGGACCAAAAACCAGACUGAAUUUAUCAGACUGAUGUAAGAGAAGAAGCCUUGAACUGGUCUAGAAUCAGCCCUUCAUUCUGUGUAGCUGUGCAUGAAAGAUGAAUGAAUGGAAAUGAAACUUCUUCUAAAAUGAAUCAAGCAGCAGGAUAAUGAUGGAAGUCUGGUCUUCAUGUCCGUUUCAAGUUUCUACAUCAUGAUUCCUCGUGAAUGACCUAUAUUUGAAGAGACUGGACUGGAUCAUGUUCAGGUUUGAGUUUAAAAUGUCAGUGUAUUGAUUCAGUUAUAGCCCCUGAGUCAUGAUACUUUUGUUGUUCCCAAAUGAUCACCAACAUGCUGAUCUCUUGGAUCACCUUGCUCAUGACUCUGGAUUGUAACAUUUAAGACUUUCUGAAGACCCAAGAGGGGCUUUUUAAAGAUGUGCUAUUUCUUUUAUGUUACUUUUUCGCUUGAUUGGCUCUUUGUGAAAAUCAGUCUAUGAGAAAAUGUCCCUCCCUCUGAAAACACUUUCCUGAAGAGUUUAUGUCUCAGUCUGUAGUUUACAGUCUUUAACACUGUAUGUUGUUCAUUUGGUGAAUUGUGAUUUAUAGAGUCACACAGACAAGAGAGCAGGGGUCCGUUUCACGUAGGUGGUUCAACAAACUCUGAGUCAAAUCCUUAACUCUGAGUUGAUCUACUCUGAGAUAGGAAACUCUGAGUUUCCGGUUUCAGAACACCUGAUUUGAGUCAGUUUUAGCAACUCCGAGUAGUUUGACCUGGAGUUAAGCACGUGCACGCCGGACAUAAACAGCCAGCAUCUGUGGAGCCCAGAUUCAUUGAUCAACCAAUGGAAACAGGGAGAAGGAGGGGGCAGCCGCAAGCCAACGGCGAAUUACAGCAGGUUUUAAAAGAAAGUGCAAUACAGCAGCUGCAAAGGAGAGAGAGAGGGCAUGGGAAGAAAUUGCUGCUCGCGUCAAUGCGUAACUUUAAAUCUAGUCUUGUGCAAUCACAAUGACAGACUGUUGCAGGGGAAACUGCUUGCAUGGAGCAAAUUAAUUUAUUUUAUGUAGGUGCAAUCCAGCGGGUCAAAAACGCACUUGGUAGCAGCUGAAAAUUAAAUAUAAAAACAUUGUACAAACAGGUGAGACAUCGGCAUUUUCUCAUUUUGAUCAUGUUUUACAUUGUCAAGUUAGUAUUAAGUGGCAUUUUGAUCCCUUAAAAAAUUUUACUCUCUUAUGAUGUUCUGUUAAAUGAUUAGGAAUAUUAAACUAACUCGCAGUAUGUAUAUGUACAUAUAUUAAACUAACACACACUACACUCAAUAUUAGACUUUCACUCAGCAAACAGAAAGAGGGCAGAUGCCAGAAAAACGGGUGGUGGCCCAGCAGCCCCACCUUUAACGGAGGUAGAGGAGCUGCCCCCCCCCCCCCCGUUCGACGAUCGCGGCCGGUCCGAUCACAAACCCCCCACCCCGUAGCAGCGAUCGUCUAAUCAUUUAACGGAACACAAUAAGAGAGUAAAAUUCAUUUUUGAGUGUGAAAAGAGCAUUUUUUAAGGGAUCAAACUGCCACUUAAUACUAACUUGACAAUGUAAAACAUGAUCAAAAUGAGAAAAUGCCGAUGUCUCACCUGAAACUCUGGGUUUACUGAGUUAAACCUGGUCCCGAGCAGGUUAGGUUCACGGAGUCUGUUACUAUGGUAACUGACCGCGAGGUUGAGUUACCUCUCUUUGUGAAACAGGUUAGAGUUACCCCUCUCUCUCUGGUUUAACUGACUCUCCUUUGUGAAACGGAAAACUCAGAGUUUCCCUGAUUUCAGGGUUAACAGACUCAGAGUUUCCAUUAAACCUGCUACGUGAAACGGACCCCAGGGGAGGAUUUACCCAGGGAGGCCCUGACAGGUGUUUUGUUUGCAUUAGGUCAUACCAGCAAAGACUGGGGAGUCAGCUGUUCACAUUUUUGUAUAAUGUGCAUAUUGUGUGUAACUUUUUACACCAGUUGAAAUUAGCAAUGCAAGGUGAUAUGCCUUCCAGGAUGCAGAAGGAGAUCCACCAACUAUUUGACUAGUCAACAAGUUUAUUACUGUUGAUUACUAUUUUUAAAAAGCUGUGAAUCAAAGACCAUUUUAUCACAUUCUGCAAAUCAAGCAAAUCAUUCAGUCUACUUAUGCUGUUAUAUAAUGGCUUUAUGAGGUCAAGAUGUGGGCUUGAUUUUGAUUAAGAUUCAGAAUGAGGUCUACCACUGUUUAGCCCAACUGUUGUUAGAUCAUUAGUGCUUGUUAUCACCUGUUAGUGCUCGUUAGCACUUGUUAGCACUCCUGCACAUCUGUGAUCACUACAGACUCACUCCUGUCAUCCCUGUUCUGAUUCUACAGACACACCAAGACACCUGCCUCGCUCUGCUCCUCUUCUCAUCCCUUCCCACCUCUCUCCUCCCCCUGCUCCUCCCCCUGCUCUCUGCCUGCCUUCCUCUUUCCUCUUGCUCCGCUUCCUGCUCUCCUCUUUCCUCCUGCUCCUCACUCCACUCCUGGAGUGAAAGUGGGAGCUGUUUGAGAGGAGGGGCCUUGCAUGGGUGAGCUAUAUUAUGAUGUAGGACGUAAUAGAGGCACACAGCAGGAGGAACAAUCUUGUUCAGACUUGUUUAUCAAAAUUUUUUGGAGCCAAAAUCGAAAUCAAAGUUGUACGAAUUGCUUUAAUAUAAGCCAUCUAUAAUAGGGCUGCGCAAUUAAUUGAAUCUAAAUCGUAAUCGGAUUAUUUGAUUAUGACAAUGUUAAAAAAAAAAGAAAAUUGUCAAAUCGAUUUUCCUCUCUAUCGUGGCUCGCGCCCCCAGGCCACCAUAGGCUCCCCGUUCCUUGCAGGAGCGCUCCUCAGUUCCCAGAGGUGGGAAUUGUGGAGUCAGCAAGUCAUCUCCAUGCUAUGUAUUUGUUCUGCUCUGUCACUGAACCAGCUGCGAUGCUGGAUGGUGUUUACGGAGGUGAGCACGUAGGUUUGACGUGUUAGACAAUGGCGCUGCAACUUCCUUAGGGCAUAACCUGCAGAUUGGUGUCAGGUUUACCUGAGCUGUGUGUUUCCAGGUGCACUAAUUGGUUGCCAUGGCGAAGGAAGAUGUGUCACUGCAGCAGGAGAGAGGAGGCUUGAAGCUGAGGAAAUAGCUCUCCAGCUAGGCCCUGAUGGUCAACCUCUGUAUAUAUUCAUGAUAAGGAGCUUGUGAGAACCACAAGACUCUGCUGAACACAUGAACACAAUUUAUUAUCACAAUCCUCAAAACACCCCGUAAUGUCCUCAAUAAGCUGAAUUUUUGAAGCCCAGAAUGGUUAACUGUGUGUACAUGCAGGUCUUAUAGGCAGAGACACACACGCACACACAUUGUCAGACUGUGUGUGUGUGUGUCUUGUUAAUGAUAGCAUCCUUUACACUGUGAGAUCAAAGGCAUUAACUGACCUACUGUUUGACUUGAGAAGCUGCCUAACUGCAGUGAAUUUAGGGCCUCUGAACUUCUUCACAUAGCGUGAUUUCUUUAAAUCCCAGAAUGAAAAUAAGAACAUCGUAUGAAUCCUCCGCCCUUCAUGAACACAAUGAUGUGUUUUUCAUGUCUGUACUCUAAAAAACGUGGCCACAACAGCGAGUUAAAAAGGUCUGAGCCUGAGUGAUGAUCAGGAUUUUCUUGGAGAAAAAUUACAUUAGGGCCAAUGCGAGGGUUCUUUGUAAUUUUCGGACAGUUGGUCACCUGCUGGCGAUUUAAUGAUUUAAAACCUCUUUUGUGAGAAGAAGGACACAUAUACCUCCAUUUUAAUGUAUUUUUUUUGGCUGUGGACUAAAAUCUGUCGGCGUGGUAGCGAUAUAUUCGAGCCAGGUUUUGUCGAUCCAAGAGGAGCUCUGCACUCUAGCGAUGAAAUAUACACUCUAGCCUCUCCAAUACACACCCAUUAUAAAGCCUGAAAUUUGCUGAAAACAAUAAGUUUCUUAAAGGUAAAUUGUGGGAAAACUGUAAAAUAUGUCAAAAAAGUGAAUACAAGUUCAAUAGUCGACAAGUGAAUGAACAUUUUAAAGCAAAAAUGAGGUCUCUAGGUGAAAGUAUGCUAAAGUUAUAAGGCUCAGAAGGUUGAAGAAUAAAAGGAAGAAUUGGAAGAUUUCCCCAUUGACUUCAAUGUUAAAAUUUUGGCACAAAAAGUAAAAAAAAAAAAAGAAAUUUGAAUUGAAUCAUUUGAAAUUGCUAUCGCUAAGCUGCUAUUGCGAAUGGCUGAAUUUUAAAAAUAUGUUAAAGAUAAGAAGCUUUGAAUUAUCAGCAAAGUUUGAAUAAUUUGAAUUAGGCCUGCACGAUAUACAGUAUAUACGGUAUGUGUGUGCGAUAGUCACAUCGCAGAGCCUGCGAUGUCGGAGGUGAAUGAACUCAGUUAAUUUCAAGGGUAGCUGACUGAGAUACACUCCAUGUGACUCUGCAUGUGCUGUGCAGCGAUCCACCAAUCACCUUCGUUCUUUACUCAGUUGCCAAUCAGACUCAGUUCUCAGUUGCCAAUCAGACUACCCUGCCAGCUGUCAAUCAAAAUCAGAGAGGAGGAAACCCACCCAUGCACAUGUUCUGCACAUGUAGUUACUUGCUGGCUGCUGGUGUUGAGCCGAGAAAUGCGUGUCCGCUGAGAAUUACUUUCGGAACUUUACUUAUGACUGUUAAGCCCAACAAGUAAAAACUGUAUGGGUUUUAAAAUUUAUAUUUCGGUGGACCACUCUACUAUAAGUGGUGCGCGUUUUGCGAGGUGCAUGCAAUUCUCGGAGGACAUGCGUUUCUCGGCACAACACUGCUAACAACAACAACGAUUGCAAAAUGAGCAACAAACAGAGAAAACCACCGAAAAUGAAGAUUUGUUGCCAAAAAGAAAAGGAAAGUCAGUUAUCUGGAAUUAUUUCGGUUAAAAGAAGGAUGAUGUCGACCAAAACACGUGUUCUGUGUUCAUCUGUCGCCACAAUAACGUCCCAGCACAAUAAAAGCUAAAAAUAUCUCUGAGACAGACAGAAGCCAUUCUAACAUUCACAAAAAGAGGUAAGAUCAGAGCAGGUUAACUGUCCUCAAGAUUUCAGCAGUGCAGCGGUUUUCCGGCGGGGCGAAAAGCGUCUUUUAUUUUUUCGCUCUUGUGUCGAAUUUUUCGGAUAUUCGCAGGCAAAUAUCUGGACCUGCUAGACCUCUGGCCAAUCAAAAGUCAUGUUGUUGAUGACGUCACAGACCCAUGCGGCUGCAGUUCACACGACACACACCACCACUGGCACGAAGAGCAACGAUGGGAGAAAGGCUGGUAAUUGCGGUACAGGACCACUGGAUGGUGGUGUGGAACUCACCCAUCUCCUUCCUCAAAGCCAAUAUGGGAUGUACCCAAACACUCCUUUGUUCAUAUUUCUGUCUUCUUUUUUUUUUGCCAAAAGCAUCACAACGAGCUCAUCAUCGCUUGAGGAUUUUGUUGACUCAAUUUCUUUGUUCUCCUCUCCUCCGUAGCGCGAAAGAGCUUGUGCCAAAGACAAUAUAUAUUUAUUAAUUCGCUUUGCAAAAUGUAUAUGCAUAUUCGCUUCGCGCCCGGUGUGUAUAGGCGAAAGCAAUUUUUCGGACCGGUGAAUAUUCGCAUUUUCGUCUUGCUUUUUCGCUUCGCUCCGCAAAUUCGCUGGUGUGUAAGGACCGUAAGAGGUCAGAAAAUCCCAUGACUGUUUGAACUGUCGCUGUGAGAAAAGUAUGAAUGCGAUGAAGAUGGUGAAUGAAUGAGUGAAUGUCUGAAAGUGGGUGAAUGUUUGAAGUUUGAAUGAAGUUUCUAUGUUGAAGUAUGGCGAAGUUGAAGGCUUUUGAAUUAAAGGGAGAAAAGGGCCUAUCUGAACAUUCUGUAAUGCAUUUCUAAUGGGAGAAAUCGGUCGGAAAACCUGGAAUAUCUCGGAAAUUAUGAAUACAAGCCGGAAUGUCAUCAAUGGGAUGAAUAUUUUGAAGUUUGAAUGGUUUGAAUACGUUGAAGUAUGUGGAAGUAGUUGAAGCACAAAAAACUGUGGAAGUGUGUUGAAUAAUAAUAAUAAAGAUAUGAAUAACAUAUAGUGGGAAUGCUUCGCAAUCCCACUCAACUAGAAUAAUAGCAUUUCCUUGCAGAAAAUGCGUGGAAAUGCUGAGUGCUGAAAGCCGAAAAAGCAAUGCUACACUGACAAUGAAAAAUGGAGGAAGGUAUGAAUGGAAAAACUGUUGAAAAGGUGGAGUAGAAGAGGAAGAAAUUGUUUGAAUGGAAGAAUUGUAGUAUAGCUGAAGGUAAAUUAGUUGGAUUAAUGUACAAAUUGUCUAAUAGCCUAAGUGAAAAAUGUAUAUGACUUAUGUGAAUAAACAGAACUUAUGAUAAGAAUAAUUGAAUUUGAAAAGAAAAUGCCUUAAAAUAAUGUGUAACAAUGUUCCCAUUAAAUGUACAAAUAGUAAAACAGAUUUCUGCAGCAUCCAACCAUAGACUGUAUAAAGAAUGGACAGAGUCUGCUUCCUCGCUGGGUGAAGCCACUCCGAGAACAGCACCCUCUGAUGGUGGGCUGCAGUACAGGUCAUAAAUCCCGCCUCCGCCAGCAAAGCUUAUGGGACUGUGGACAAACUUUAGAAAUUUAUUACACAGAACAUACAUUUUUCUCCCCCCUGCUUGUGAUGUUGACAUGUAGUUAUUGAAAGACUGGUUUGAGCCCAAGUCCUUUUUUUUCUGUACAGCUCCGUUUUUAAAAGUUAUUAGGGGGUUCAUGUUUUGUAUGAUUGACACCUGGUACAGCCUAUGGGCGUUCAGGGAUUGCGUAGCUCACUCAGGGGGAUACGCUGUUUGAGCCGAGCGUCAUCACAGGGACUCUCAGCGACUGCACGGCCGAAUGCGCGCAUCGCUACUGCGCAGCUCUGGUAUCAAGGAGGUGGAGAAAAACCCGGAAAUACCGAGAGCUUUUUGGCUUCAAAUCCUUAUACAGGCGGAAGGCGGAACCAGGUUGUCCAUAGUAUAUGGGUCAAUGACGUGAAGCCUCAAUAUUCUGUCCGGCUGUAUUUUCUUUAUGUUACAAAGAGUUUUAAAUGUAAAAAAAUAUACUAUCUAUUUGUAGUAUCUCUCUUAUAUAUGGGGCCACUUCAACUUUUCAAAAAUCAGGAGUUUUUUGUAAUUUUUCUGAACUUCAAAGGGUCAAAAUAUCAUGUGGUGCGACCGUCCAGCCAUGACUUCUGUUUUGAAAACUUCUUUGAAAUUACUCUAAAUCUAUUACAAUUUAGUUUCUGCAAUAUUCAGCAUAAUUUUGAAAGUGUUUUUUAUUCCUGUACAAAAUUGCAAAGCUUUUGCUGUUAUAUUUUUUUCAUAAUAUACAAACGAAUUUUGUCCGAUUUUGUCAAUUUCAUCAAAUAUCAUGUGGUGCGACCAUCAAAAAAUGACAAUUUUUGACACUUUUAUGCUGAAAUUUACUCAAGGACAGGAUGUUGCAUCAUUCACCAUUUUGUCGUAGAUCUAUGGAAGCAGAAAGAGGGUUGGUGGCUCUCUCAUUUCUUUAAAAAAAAAAAGACCUUUUCAACUGCUGUAAUGGUGUUUGCACUUUUCGAUGUCAUGUGGUAUGACCUCAAAAAAAACAAUUAAUUUAAGUUAUUUCCACAAAUAAGUAUUUUAAUUAUAAAUUUCAUAGUGACCUUUUGUGGGAAGCUAGUGAGGUUUGUUUAUGUGACUAAUCCUGUAUCAGUAAGAUUUGACUGAAUUUGAAAUGUCAUGCGGUGCGACCAAUUAUCAUGUGGUGCGACCACUGCAGAUUGUUUUCCAUCAUAAAUAUAUGCCCUCGAUUGGCAGUAUUUACGCUUUUUAUAUUCAAUUGAUGAUUGAUAAACACUAAGUACUUAAUUUUUAGUAUUAUUUUCAAUUUUUUUUGUUAUUUGAUGAGUCAUUUUGCUAACAUUUCUGAAAUAAUGGUUAGGUCAUCUCUGUACAAAAUAAGAAAAAAAAUAUUAAAAGCAUGCCAUUUCACUUAAGGUAUUUAUGCCGUUGUUAGCAAUUUAUUAACUCUCAUGUAUCAAUUUAAGUCAUUUUAAUUUAUUUUACCAGAUGCCACUGCUAAGCAAAGUUAAAAGCGCUCGCUAUAGGCAGCGUGUCAACUCUGACCCUGACCCCUCUGACCUCUGACCCCUGCAGCAUGUUGUUCAUGCCAGGGCUGGUCAAAGAUUGGGCCAAGAUUGUUGACAUCGUUGCGCGGAUGGUGAGAGGAGCGCUUCGCCGAGAGCGUUAUAUUCAGAAUCGUUCAAAUCCGUUUGAUUUACCUGAUGACGUUCUCUAUGAACGUUACAAGUUUUCCUCGGACGGCCUCAAUAGUCAGGUAACAUGAAGUCGAAGCAAUACACUAAUAUUUGCCAAGCUCCAGGUUCAAGUUUCAUGCGGCAUAUCAGUCAUCAUUCAGAAUUUAUUGAAGCAGAUUAGAAAACUCCUCUUAACCCCAAACGUGUCUGCAGAUGACAUGUGACCAUCAGAUGAUGGAGAAAAAAGAAAAAAAGGCAGUGUGAGGAAAUCACUGUUUACGCGUUGACAUAUGUACAAAUAAAAUCUUCCAGUAAACCAGCUAACCACUUGGACGGAUGUUUUUAGAUUUAUUGUUAUUUACUCACACGUAUUCUUUUCCCCACUGCUGUUGUAUCUGAAAUAAUGAGGUCAAUGAUGGAGGUUAUCACACACGCUGCAUGACAACAUAUUAGGGGGCCAUAAAUUUAUAAACGCACAAAUGUACAAAUGUUUACUUUUUUCACCAAAAUAAAUACAAAAGUAUCGUUAACGGUAUUGAUAAAGACUGACACUGAUAAACAGUAUCCGUAUCAGUACCCAUACCGUGAAAAUCCUAAUGAUAUACAUCCCUAGUUGUAUGGAAUUGGUACGGCUUUGCAGUUUCAGAUGAAGAGGAAAUCACUCCCCGCUGCUAGGGUUGGGUAUCGUUUGAUUUUGAACGAUUCCGAUUCCUCAUUUCGAUUCCGAUUCCUAUCGAUUCUCUAUUUCGAUUCUUUUAAAAGGCAGGAUAUAAAAAAAUUAAAAAGCACGGUUUGAAUGACGGCGCUAACCGGAGCUCUUCUUUUUAGAUGAAAUUUCUGAACUUCUCCAUGAAUUUUUAAAUCAUAUUAACUUUUUAAGCACUUUACUAUGGAUUUCUCACAGGGCUAUUUUGAACCAGUAUAUAAAUAUCAAUUUUUGUUGUCAGGUCGUUUGUCUAUGAAAAAGUACAAGGGCUAACGUUAGUUGGAUAUUUAAGUUUAUUAAUCGUACACAGUGCAAUUUGUUUACUGCUUCAAAGUUUGCAGAGGACAGAAGUAAUUUAUUGUUUCACUUAUCUGAUCCUGACUGUUUAGCGGAAGACAGAUGUUGUGCUGUAGAAUGCACCCCUGCUGUAGAAUGCCUCCCCUCCACUCAUUAGCUUCUUAAAGUGGAAGACAAUGAUCUCAUAUUUAAGAAAAAAACACGAGUAUUAGAUCAUGAAAACAUGUCAAAUGGAGCAGUAAACUUUCGUUUUGUUUUUAUGUGUCUCAAAAAGCACACAUAGAGGUGUACUUGGGUAUAUAAACUGUACAGUUAGCUGUUAAUGUAGAAAACAUUAUAUUUUCGGGACAGUAAAUAUUCCGAAUCAGAGGGCUAUUGUUUUCGGCAUAUCUGAAUAGCCUGAAUGAAAUCAUCAAAGGCACACGCUUUAGAUUCUGUUCAAUGGGAAGGAAAACUUGGAUUGUUUCGCCUUGUUAUGUACUUUCAACCGCGCUCCUGUCAGGGGUGCAUUCUACAGCAGGGAUGCAUUCUAUGGCACAACACCGGUGAAGCGCGUCAAAGACGGGCACUCGGGUAUUUCUCCUCCAUGAAUCCUGAGGUGUUUAAUCAUGUUGGUCGUUUACCCUCCUUUGCAUGAUAUAACUGUAUUGCUAAUGUUGCAUUGAGACAAGAGUUCAUUCUUCCUGCUAAAGUUAGCCAAACUUUUGACCAACGAAGAAGAAGCUGCCGAACACCAACGAGGACAGAGCAUAUGAGACGAAGCCACACACAGAGAGAGGAGAGAGACAGAGAGAGAGAGCGCAUUGUAACCCACAGCGGCUGCAUUGCUGUGGGUUGCAAUGUACUUUCUCUCUCUGUCUCUCUUCACUUUCUGUGUGGCUUCGUCUCAUACGCUCCGUCCUCGGUGUUCGGCAGCUUCUUCGUUGAUUUUCGGUGGCUAUUUCUUCCGGUCGGCGGACUCCGGCAUCGAAACUUGGAAUCGAAAUUUUAAUAUUUGAACGAUACCGGAAGAAUCGAAAUGUUAGUCCCGGUCCUCAUCGAUACUCGAUUCUCGAUACCCAACCCUACCCGCUGCAAAGUCUCUCUGAAGGCGGUAUCAACCCAUCCACACGGAAACAAAUCCAGGAGUAAAUGCAAAAGGUUAUUGUCUUAUCUGUGUUUCAUCUACAUGGAAAAAGCAUUUCAAGUGACUGUAAAUGGGUCAUUCUAUGAAAGCUUGCCAUUUCGUGUCACUCUGACUAAAUUCUAACUAAAUAACUAAAUUAAAAAAAAAAUGAACAAUAAAACAUUUCAUCAUUUAGGUGUCAAGUGACAUAAACACACUAAAAAAUAUUUUUUUUUGAAUGGAAUUUUAAACAUCUUUCUGUGAAAUGUUUUGCAAAGAAAGAAAAAAUGUCCUGUCCCUCAAUAGAAUUGCUCUACUUCCACUAGCUAUUAAAGUUAAAAAAAAAAAAUCCAAAUUAGAAAAUAAAAACUUUAACUAUUAUUAAGGCACAAUAGGCUGUAUUGGCUGAGCGAGAUCGUGUUGGUUCGUUCCACUUCAGUAGGGCAACAUAAACUGUGAUUCAUAAAAUAGCUCUAUUGAUAGUAAGUACUAAAAAAAAAUAUCUAGUCAUGCCAUCCUGUCGAUUUUUAGUAAUCAGUGUUUUGGUGUCGAACUAUUAACUUUCUGCGGCGUAGUGAUACUUGCACACGCGCAAUUGAAUAUGCAGAGGGGUGAAGCAUUUUUUGUCACGUGGACCAAUAGGAGCCAAGUCUCGUUGCCAUAGUAUCAGAAAUACACAAACAUGGCGAUGAGCGCAUCUAGCAGCGAGACAAGCGAAGAGGAAGAAAAGAAAAGAAAAAAAAGAAAGCAGCCUUCAAAAGUGCAUAAAAAAGGAAUGAAACGAUGCUAUAUGCAUCUAUCAUCUGUCCAGAGUGAAGACGUUCUCCACUUUACAAGGACACGUUGGGAAACUUACAGAACUAGUAUUAGAAAGUGGCUUUCUCUACAGGGUGAGACAUAGGACCUUGCAGAAACUUAUAAACAUUGCGUUGAUAUCGACUUUGACAAUGUUCCUGAUGACGCUUGGUUUCACAUGAUAUGCUACCAGCGAUUUAUUUGCAAAAGGCAUUUGAGAAACAAGAACGUGAUGCAGCCGCGGGUCAGUCAAACCCUUCAGCCAGCAUCGCAGAUGCAUCCACGUCCAGGGCAUCUGAAACUCUGCGAAAGAAACUUCGCUCAAGGUCAUAGGCUGUAUUGAGCCAAAGGAAAAAGUGCCAAGAAAGUGAAUUUCAUUCCACUACGCUGGUGCUACUUGUAUAAUGCAUUUUUGCAUAGACAAUACCAUUCUGGACUUAAAAUAUCUACUCAAACUAUCUGUCAGACUUUUGUCACCAGCCAGAAAUGUACAUAUUUGUGAGUAACGCAAAAAACAAUUAUAUGGUGCCGCUUUUUGGCCUGUAGAAACUGCUAUGUUGAUUCUGGCAAGACAAAAUCUUUCUCAAAUGUCAUAAAUACAUCUACCUAACAUCUGAAACAGUUAUUGGUGCCUUAGUAUACGCAUAAGUGAAUUCAGAUUAUGAAAUUUAGCAAAUUUCUUGAAGAAAACGUCUCAACUCAAGUGAUUUGCACCCAGCACAAUGAAAUAUAUACAGUAAAUUUAGCUAAAAGCUUAUGUUUCAUACAUAAAAUAUAAAGAGCACAUCAUGGCCAUAAAUUGCUGAAAGUCAAUCAAAUUGCUACCACGCCCCCCAAAAUUGGAAAAAUGGAAAAAAUGUAACAAGACAAAAAUAAAUGCACAAAAGGUCUGAAUUAAUUCAAAAUAUGGUAUAAAACAUUUAUUCAAGUAUCACAGUAUCAAAACAUCUGACAUUUAUCAAUCCCUCCAGAAUAUGAAAAUAAAGAUAAAAACACAAACGCAGACAAAUGUAGAACAGAUAUAAAAAUAAUAAAAAUCUCAAAUCUCAGUGUAGCAAUCCUUUAAACAAAACAAAUUGUACAUGGUGACAUGGUGUGUAUAUUAUACAUCACUAUCAUCAGAGUCAUCAUCCCAUACAGCCCUUUCUUCUGUUUCCUUUGAAGCAUUCUCACAUGCUUGGCACCGACAUAAAUCUGUGAGAAAGAUUUUGUCUUGCCAGAAUCAACAUAGCAGUUUCUACAAGCAAAAACAGCGGCACCAUAUAAUUGUUUUUUGGGUUACUCACAUAUAUGUACAUUUCUGGCUGGUGACAAAAGUCUGACAGAUAGUCUAAGUAGAUAUUUUAACUCAAAGUCCAGAAUGGUAUUGCCCACUUUUUCCUUUGUCCCAAUACAGCCUUUGACCUCGAGCGAAGUUUCUUUCGCAGAGUUUCAGAUGCCGUGGACGUGGAUGCAUCGGCGAUGCUGCCUGAGGGGUUUGACUGACCCAUGGCAUCACGUUCUUGUUUCUCAAACGCCUUUUGCAAAUAAAUCGCUGGUAGCAUGUCAUGUGAAACCAAGCGUCAUCAGGAACAUUGUCAAAGUCGAUAUCAACGCAAUGUUUAUAAGUGUCUGCGAGGUCCUUUGUCUCACCCUGUAGAGAAAUCCACUUACUAAUACUAGUUCUGUAAGUUUCCCAAUGUGUCCUUGUAAAGUUGAGAACGUCUUCACUCUGGACAGGUGAUAGAUGCAUAUGGCAUUGUUUUGUUCCUUUUUUAUGCACUUUUGAAGGCUGCUUUCUUUUUUUUCUUUUCUUUUCUUCCUCUUCGCUUGUCUCGCUGCUAGAUGUGCUCGUCGCCAUGUUUGUGUAUUUCUGAUACUAUGGCAAUGAGACUCGGCUCCUUGAGUGUAUACAUCAGUAGAUCUUAUUUUGUUGCUAAUGUCUUCUUGCCCUGCACCAGCCAGGAUAAUUGUAUAUUGAGUUCCUGCAUUGAAAAUAUGUCAGUGUCAUAUUAAAGUUGUGUUAUUAUAAUGCUAUUAGUCUGCACUUACUUUACUUCUACUUCUAAGUAAAAAAAUAUCCUUAAUUUAGACCUUGAUUUAGACCUGACAAUUGGCUAAUUGAAGCUUAUAUAUACACACCUGUAUUAGAUAAAUUACUUGAAAUACUACUUAGGGGGUUAUUACAAGUCUCUAUGGCUAGCCAAUAGUUCAAACACACCUAAAUGAGAGGUUAAAAUGAAAGAAAGCUAAUUUUGAAGGAAGGCGAUUUUUCAUUUUUGAACAGCUGCACUCUAUUACUUCAAUGAGUGAUAACUACAAUAAAGCUACCAGUUACCAAGGUCUAUCAUAUAAAAACUUAUUGUAGGGAUGUAUAGCAACAAAAAAAUCCCAACUAGAAUUUGCCCUACCAGGUGGUACUGAUAUGUGAAAUUUUGGUUCUUGGCUCAAGUGCUAUGAUACCUGAAAGAACUGCUCCACCAUCAAAUUGGGCCACUCCCACUUCAUCAACUCAUUUAAUUAGACACAGGUUUGAUUCAUUUAUAGAAAAGAGCAGUGUGACCCAAAAAGAGUAUGACUUUUAAUGUGCUUUUGACUUUCUGUGUUGCUUUUGGAGUUAACAAAAAUUUGCUUAUUGAGGAAAAUAACAAAAUGAGAAAAAAUAUAAAAAGCUACCCAUAUGAAAAGUCUAUCAUAUUUUAAUUUACUUAUAUUGACCCUAAAAACAAUUUAGUAUAUGUAAGGUUUUGCCCACCCAAGUGGUACCAACAUCUGGUCCGGCUCAAGGACUAUCAACUUUUUGGCUUUUGAGAGUCUGCAUACAAAAAUCCUGAUAAAUCAACGGCGUUCAAACUACCGCAAAAAUGGCUAGAAAGAAGCAACUGAGUAAAGAAACAAAAGUACAGAUUUGUACAUUGAGGAAAGAAGGAUACACAGAAAGAGAAAUUCCAAAACGCCUAAAGGUGUUUAACAAAGGAGUCCACUACACUCUGAAGAGACUAGAGGAAUCUGGAAGUUAUGAUGAUAGAAAAAGACCUGGACGAAAGAGAGUUACUACAAAAGCAGAGGAUAAAUAUAGCAUUGUCACCGGUAAGAGAGAUCGGUGAAAGACAGCACCAAAAAUAAGGGAGAAAAUCAACAUGACAAGGUCGAAACCCAUAUCUCUGACAACCAUGACAUGACGUUUGAGAAAGGCUGGUCUGAAGGGUUGUGUUUCUGCAAAAAAAACACUUAUUUGUCCACAGAACAAGAAAAAAGGAUAUGAGUGGGCAAAAGCUCACAAAAAUUGGACUUAAGAUGACUAGAAACAAGUUUGCACUGUUUGGUUCAUAACGCAGAGUCUGUGUCCGCAGACAAACUGGUGAACGUCUGAAACAUGUGUUACACCCACAAUUCAGCAUGGAGGUGGUAGUUCCAUUGUAUGGGGAUGUUUUGCAGGUGAUGGAGUAGGAGAUUAGUUUGAAGUAAAGGGUAUCAUGAAGAAGGAACAGUACCACUCCAUCCUCCAGCACCAUGCUGUUCCAUCUGGACUCCGACUUGUGGCUCAUAAGUUUGUUUUGCAGCAAGACAAUGACCCUAAGCACUCUGCCAAGCUCUGUCAGGGUUACCUAGACAAAAAAGAAGAGGAAGGUGUUCUUCAAAAGAUGGUUUGGCCCCCUCAGUCUCUAGACCUUUCUCCAAUUGAGCUUGUGCUGGAUGAAUUGGAUCGAUCAGUCAGAAAAACACAUACCACGAAUCAGCAGUCUCUUUUUAAUGAACUUAAGAAAGCUUGGAAUGCAAUCCCUGGGCCUUAGAAAACUUGUGGAACGAAUGCCUGGUAUAUGCCAAGCUGUUGUUAAAGGUCCCAUGGCAUGCCAAUUUCACACAACUUAAAAUAGUACCUUGGUGUGUUAAAAGCAUGUCUGUGACGUCCUUCGGUCAAAAUUCGAUUUGGAUCAAUUAUUUUAGUGCUCUUUUUAUCAGCUAAAAACAGCUCCGCUCAAAAUCCUCCGUUUUGGGCCAUGUCUCUUUAAUGAAAUGAGCUGCACCUAAGCCACGUCCACUUUACACCCAUCUCUCUGGAAGGGGCUGUGGCUGUGCUCCGAUAGCCAUGUGCUAAUGUUUACACUUGCUCGGUCAUGGCUGCAAGAAGAUCGCUCAUACAACCCUACCAGUUUGAGCCAGAGUCUGACCCAGAGGGAGAGGCUCGGGAAGAAACUCUUAGCCGCGUUCAGACCAAACGCGACUUGAAGCGACCUAGUUGACACAUCCUAUGUAUUAUUCAAAGCCGCCAGGAGGGUCACGCUUAAGGAGGAAGAUAUAAAUGUAGAAAAAAUUACAACCAGAGCUCUGCUACAAUGUAAGAUUUUGGUGCUCUAAAACUUCUCUGAAGCCUUUGCUAAUUAAUAGGAUGGCCGACCGUCCAGCAUUAGCCGGGACGUCCCGUAUUUGAGCCAAAAGAGGCGCGUCGCUGCACGGGUAAAUGCUAAAGCUACAUGCUGCUCUGGAGGGGGAUUUUGUCCCCCGCCGGUGGAGUUGUCGGGGAAAAAGCAAGCGGCUAAAAUACGGGAGGAUCCGGUUAACCGGCGCGGAUCCGGUGUGUUUAUCAAAGCGUGGUGGCCGUGCUGAGGCACUGGGGGGAAUUUAGGCUAAACAGUAAGUAAAAAUAAAACGUUCAUACUUACAGAUGCCACGUUUGUAGUAGGAUCACGGAUAGCUGGUACAGAUCCAUUCUUUAUCUUCAGACAUCUAGCAAAUCCAGCGUUGAACUGUCUCUCGUUGAUAAAACAGUCCGAAGUGAAAUGGUGCGCACAUACGUACAGAUAUUUUGGAAGUGCCGCGGGUACAUUCCCAUUAUAAAUAAAAUCCACCCAUUGAGUCCUCAAAUCCUCUCACGAGGGAGUUUUCAAAAGAGUUUUGUGCUCGUUUGUGCAGCCAACAACAGAGCAAACGCUGCCUCUUUUUCAGAUCGUACUUUCGCCAGGGUUCUAACCGGAGCGAUGCGAGCGAGCGGACGGGAAUAAUGGCGCUGUUUUGAUAAUUUAGUGGGCAGGGCAGUGUGCGGCUCCAUGGGCAGUACCAUCAACCCGCCAGCACUGACAAGACGUCAUGUCAGUGGAGUUUUCAGAACAGCCGGCUCUGAGCACACAGUUCCUAAAUACGGAGACAACUAAAAAACAACUGGAUGGAAUUUUUUUCGAACUUGGGGGGGAUUGUAGCAGUUUUCUAUCCCUGAUAUGCACCCCCCUCCAGUUAACAAAGUCAGUUUUUCAUGCCAUGGCCCCUUUAAAGCGAGAGGAGGUUACUAAGAAAGCAAAGUCUUGGCAACAAUAACUCAAAUACCUAAUAAUUAUAAUCAAAAUGUCUUCUGAUAAGUUACUCUUUACACAAUAGUCAUGUUUAUUGUGUUGCAAAUUAUAUAUAUGAAACUAUGAUCUUUUUUUGUACAAAUCUGAUCUUGCUUCCAAACUUUUAGCCUGUAGUGUAUCUAGAUUAUCCUCUGAGCCUCAGAGCUGAUCUACGAUAUUUAGGCUGCUGUCAGGUGUCACUCCUUAUUUAAACUAUUUCAACCAGCUGAAACCAUGUUUAGGUUUGAAUGAACUCACAUGGUUUAUUAAAUCACAGGUAACUUAUCUGUGAUUGGUCAAAUCUGAGGCAAGAUUUUAUUUUCACACUAAGGCACCUGACCUAAAAUGAUGAAGAAUAUGAACCACAUGUGGACAUAUGUGUGUUUAUGUACUGUAUAUGUAUGUCAGUGUUAAAAUAUUAACACACAUACACACACACACACACACACACACACACACACACACACACACAGCUGUGUAGUUUUUAAAGGUCAUAGCUGCCUUGAGUAGAUCUGACCUCCCCUGUAAAUGUCAACAGCCUGAAAAAAGACUCUGUCUGUCUCUCUCUCUCUCUCUCUCUCCCUCUCAAUUUUCAAUUUCAACUUAGAUUUAAUAAGCUUUAUUGACAUGACUACAAUAUUGCCAAAGCAUUACAUUAUAACAUCAAUAAUAACAAUAACAACAACAAUAAUUGUGACAACAACAGCAACAACAACAAUAAUUAUAAUAAUAUAAAAGGAAUAAAUAGUGUGAUUAUCAUGUUUGCAGUUCAAACUCCGGAAGCAGUUGCUCAGGUUAUAUUCAGCAGCUCUUCUCUUUUUUUUUUGAUGGCAUUUAUUGACAUAUCUUACUGCUUCUUAAGCAGUGGCCCUUUGUUCUCCUAAGAGAUGUCUAAACUUUUCCUGGUCUGUAAGCUGGGUGAGGUUGGGUGUUAUGUGUGUGAGUUCAGUGUAUGUGUGUGUCCUGAUGUGUGUGUAUAUGACACAGAGUAACAGGGAGUGCUGCUUUGUCUCCAGCAGAGUGUGAGGAUAGAGCCGACACAGCUGCUCCUCUCUGGGCAGCCAGGUCUGUGGCGGCCGCUCUCUAUGGCCAGGCUGUGGUUGCUGAGUCUGUACAUUGUCCAGGUUCUCCUCAGUCUGGGGUCAGUUACUGAACUCAGAUAAUCUGCCAUGGAGUAUUGUCUGUUAAGGGCCAGAUAGCAUUGAAGUUUGCUUUGGGUUUGGGUUGUAGAUGUCCAAUAGAUGAUGUAGAUGUUUUUUGUUUUUUUUUUUGGUAUAAUUUGGUGGGGGGGGGGGGCUCGAUUUUGUGAGGGCGGUCUUGGUGCUUGGUGCUGGUGGAGCUAAGCCUCUGCGGGGCUUUGUAGUGGUAGGAGCUGGGGUGGCUGGCUUUGAGGUGUUGGUAGAAUUUGACUGGCCUUUUUUUUGAUUUGAAUUAAAAAGGGAAAUUGUCCAAAUUCAGCUCUGCAUCCGUUACAGGGGCAACUGUGCAGUGAGAGUCAUGUUCCCUGUUUUUUUCAGCGCGUUCAACACCAUCCAACCCUCUGCUUCUGAGAGACAAGCUUACUGGAAUGGGUGUGUAUCAAAACCUUGUAGUGUGGCUUACGGACUAUAUGACUGACAGACCCCAGUAUGUCCGGCUGGAGGGCUGCAAGUCAGAGACUGUGAUCAGCAGCACCGGGGCUCCGCAGGAGACUGUGCUCUCUCCUGUCCUGUUCACUCUGUACACAUCGGACUUCAAGUACAACUCAGAGUUGUUCCACAUGCAGAAGUUCUCAGAUGACACUGUGAUCGUGGUUUGUAUUAGGGAUAGUCAGGAGGAAGAGUACAGGAACCUCAUCCAUGACUUUGUCACCUGGUGUCAGCCCAACUACCCUUAGUCAGCUGGCAGCUCGGGUGAUUGCCCUCUACACAUCCUAUUGGCUAAUGUCAAAAUGUUUAUUUAAACAGUUUCUCCUACAACCACUCUGCAACCCACCUCCACCCCAGUUCUUCCUGUUUAUGUUAUGUCUGAUCUUACCAGUGUCAUAUGUUUUGUCACUGAUGCUUGCUCUGUUCUGUUGGGGGGAUUUUAAUUUAUUUAUCUUAAUUGUAUUUAUUUGCUGCUGCUUUCUCUGCCUUGGCUUUUUAUGUAUGCACAUGAAAGGGAGGGGAGCAGCUCUCCCCUCUUAUAGCUGUUGAAUUCCAUGCAAGUGCAUGGAAGGGCAGGGAACUCUGAGAACAGAGCCAUACCACCAUUGUAAAAAUGUUUUCUUGUAAUAAAUAAUUAUUUGUUGACUAAAGUGGACAUGCUGCUCAUGUUGUUUCUUUUUGUGCUCAGUGUUUUUCUGUAUAACUUCAGUGAUUCCCAGUUUCAAAGGCAGAGCUCCUUAUUAUCAGGUUGCCAGUGUUUUUCAUUGGAUAAUUAACAGUGUUUUUCUCAGAGAUCUGAAGCCAGAAUCAAACAACUUUUCAUCAGUAGAUUUGUUAGAACUAUGACAUUUAGAUUUGUUUAGACUAGAUAGAGAUGCUGUUUGGUCAAAUAUAUCGUUAUUAUUCCUAACAUUCUGAUUGAGGCUGUCUCUACUGUGGGGAUAUGAGGUGGAGAGAAAAUGGUCUAACUUGGUUUGGAUAGUUGGAUGCCCGAUUGCUCUCUGAUAGUCAUCUUUGCUAUGACUUGUCAACCUGUAAGGCUGUUUGGAGCGGUUGAGCCUGCUGGGCUGUGUUACAUAGGGGUUUGUUGGGGUCCUCCUAAUGUACAGGGUGAUUUUGCUAUGGUCUGAUAGGGGUGUUAGGGCAGUGAAUGUCCUAAUAUAGAAGGGGUCCUGGUCUGUAAAACUAUUACAGACCUUGUACUGUUGCCAAGAGGAGAGCUGUGUGUGUAGUGACUGAAGGAGUACCCCUGAAGCCGACCGUUGACUAUGAACAGACCCAGUGUGCAACACAUCUGCAGCAGUUGAUGCACAUGUUUGUUGACAGUAUUAUCAAUGUUGUUUCUGUGCAGAUAUGGAAGUGGAGGAAUGCUGAUCUGACCAGGGAUGUGUUUGUCUCCCUGUUCAUUAAUCGAAUCAGGAUCUGUGCCUGUUCUGGCAUUAAGGUCACCACAGAUCAGCACGUUUCCCUGUGUGUGGUAACAGCUGAUCUUGUCUUCCAGAAUGGGGAAAGUUUUUUCGUUAUAAUAAGGGGACUCUGAUGGGGGGGGGGGGGGGGGGUAUAGGCUGCACAUAUGAAUAUGUCUUUGUCUGUGGAGACAACCUCUUUUUUUAUUUUAAACCAAGUUGGGGAUAUUCUGGCGUAAAAUUAAGUUAGGGUCAAACACACCAUAACACUGAGUUAGACACCCCCUCGAGAGAUGAAUGUUGCCGACCGCUUUCUUCUCUAGUCAUACCAACUUUAGUAACGACCGCACGAUAGCAAUUCAUAGAGCCACACGCUCAACCAACAAGCCACUCCGUAGUUACAAAUAAUGCUCAGAGCAGCACUUAACUUUAUCAACAGUACAUAUAGGGUCCCAGCCAUAGCACUAGCCACCAAACAUCUUUUUAGCUUUGCCUGGUUUCUUUAGCAAAGAGACCAAACACAACUCACUCUCUCUUUUCCAGCAGCCACUUGUUUGAACGGAGACCUCCGGACGAGUCCAUCGACUGCAGCGGGAUGACACAGCACAAGGAAGAACAUUUAUGAUUAUUACUUCAUGGACAUGCAAUCAGACAGAGACGCUAAGGCAGAAGAACUACCGCGUCUGCAGUGCAAAAUGAUUAUUAUAAUGAUUAUUACUUCAAGGAAAUGGUAAAGAAAUGAUCAUUAAUGUUCUUCCUUGAGCUGUGUCCCCCCGCUAAAGUCGAUUCACUCACCUGGAGGUCUCGCUACAAACAGGCGGCUGCUGGGAGAGAGACGGUGGGCCAGGUGGACGUUGGGCCUCAGGACCCAGUCCCUGGAGAUGCUGCUGUUGAUCCUGUGGAAGUCUCUCCUGGGUAGCAGCGUGGACAUCACCACUUUGCUGUUGGGGAAGGUGCUGGAGGCUUUCUCUACGACUCCUCUGAGCGACUUUGACACUCUGUCCUGCUGCGUCCUCAUAACGUUGGUGCCAGUGUGGAUGAUAAUGUGGCUGGGAGAACCCAGCUGCUCCUCGGGCAGCAGCUCCAUGGCCUGUCAGCUGGUUGGACAUCACAGUUUGGACAUUUUGUGGUUGGGGAAUAGUUUCUUUUCAUUUAGAAACUUUCCAUUGGAAUUGAUGAGGAUGACAAUGUCUGCCUGCUGCGCUGGUCUGGAUAGACGAGGGUUGGGGUUGACCAGUGGGUUGGGGUGGCAGGCCUGGGAGAAUCGCUGGUCUCUAGACUUGAGGGGAGCUGCUGGGUGGGUGGAGUUUCUUGGUCUUGGUGAUUCUGGGUGAGGCUCCCAGGGUCCUGGUUGUGGUCGGGUGUGAGUCCAGCUGUCCUGUAGGGCCUGGGGGGACUCUGUCUUUGUCCUGACGCUUCUGUGACAGAGAGGCCAGCUCUCCUCUGUGACUCUCUCUGUCCUCUCUCAGCUCCUUCACCUCCUCUGUCAGGGCGCUCAGAGCUGCUUUGUGGCUCUCCUGGUGCUGCUGCAGCUUCCUGAUCUCUGUCCUCAGUCUGUUCAGCGUAGUCUGGUCCUCUUCUCUGUCCUGUCUCAGUCUGCUCAGCUCUGUGCAGGUGCUGUGGGCCUCCUCCUGGCUCGGCUGAUGGCUGAUAAACUCUCUCAGCUGGACCAGCUCUCUCUCCAUCUAAGUGAACUUCACCUUCAUGUCGGUGAUGGUGUGGGUCACUUACGGGUCCUGGGCCUGUUCAGCGCUGGUGGGCUCAGUCUUCUCAGAGGGCUGGUCAGCAGGAGGGCAGGUGGGGGUGGAGGUGGUGUCUGUGUCCGGCAGGGUGGGGGUGUCAUCAGGCAGGGGGGUUUUCUCCAGCUGGACUCUUUCCUUCAUGAGGGGGAAGUCCAGCUCAAACUGCCUGAGGUUCCUCUGCACCAUGACGGUCCUGUUCUUAUAGAUGUUGACUGAAGUCAUGGGAGAGUCUGGGUCUUCUGCCUCUCUGACUUUCAGCUUUCAUCCAUUACUGAUGCCUCCCUUCUUCACAGAGGGGUAGUGUGUCUUGAUAGAUGAGUGCCAUGCCAGUGGUUGCUCUGUGAAGAAGAUCAGGUUGCUGAUGUCUCCGUUCUUGUAGGAAUCAGAAUAGUGUUUUGAAUCAGUGUUUGUUUAUCGUCAUCAGGACAGUUUGACUCACUGUCAGUUCGUCACUUGGCUGAACUUUUCUGCUGGGCUGCUGAGUUCAGAUAAAUUUUCCAAGUUUUCUCUGGUGUUUUCUUUUCCGUUCUUCUACUUUAGUGAAGCAAUUCCUCUAAAAGUGUCCUUCAAAGUUCGACAUACAAUUGAAAGUUCAUCUCAUCUCAAAAACAAAAAAAGAUCAUUUUCAGGAGCUCAUUACGAUGCUGCUGCUUCUCUCUCUCUCUCUCUCUCUCUCUCUCUCUCUCUCUCUCUCUCUCUCUCUCUCUCACACACACACACAAACACACACACACACACCCACACACAUACACAUUGCAGGCUGUCAGAUUUUUUUAAUUCAUUAUUUUUCAUCCUAUCUUUAAAUUAUGAACAUUUUAAAGCUCCGAUAAGUAGAUUUUUGAUGUGAAUGGUAUUCACUUUGAUACCUUUCAGUGUUUCCACUACAUUCAUUCAUCCCCUACUGAUUUCUACUCGCACUAUCUGAGCACAACAACACACAAUGUUAUUUUCGACUUGUUUUGAGUGAUCAACAAGCACACCAAAUCCUGUCGAACCCUCUUCCAUUAAUGUGAAGGGUUACAUUCAAGCUUAUACACGGUCUAUAGCGAGUAGCGCGGGUAACGUAACGUGAACGUAACAGCAUAGCUCCUUGAGCAGCAAGAGAGUUGGGGUAACAGCAAACCCCCACACCCCACCCCCCCGGACACAGCCACACCGCCGCUGAAAAAAAUUCUAGGGGAAACACUGCCUUUUAUGAUAAACAAAGUAAACAAAACCAGAGACAACUGACAGUUUUGUUGGAGUGGGUGUUGAUGCCUGAAUCUAGAGUGAGGGAUUUGUGCCUGAUUUCCACAGCAGUACACUUUGUUUUUGCAGCCACUGGGACAGGCUUUUCCUGCCCAAAAACCGAACCAGAUGACCUAAUUUAUCUGACUUCCUGCUUUUCUUUUCAACAGUCUCAUCCCAAGUUUUUGUACCAUCUGAGUGUUUUCAUCUGAUCAUAUUAUCCUGAUCUCUCAGGCUGAGAACUCAGACUGUGCUGGUUCUUCUCUGUGUGCAGAACCCCAGGACUCGUGCUCAGGUCGAGUCUCUGGUGGCAGCGGAUCGCCAUGAUGAUUUGAGGAAGAGACUCUGCAGCAGGAUGAGCUUCGGAACAGCGGGACUCAGAGCAGCGAUGGGAGCUGGAUUUAACCGGAUCAAUGACCUCACUGUCAUCCAGUCCACACAGGUCAGACCAGUUCAGACCAGUAUAAGUGAGUCCAUAGGUUGAAAAGGCUGAUUAUAACUUACAUGUUAGAAUCAGCCUUGUACACUGAUGGGCAGAAAAUCAGCAGAUAUUUUGAUCAUUGCCUCAUAGUUUCAGUGAUCUGUUUUCUUCAAUCAUCUACAACACAUCUGAGUGUUUUUAUUUGGAUGUUUUCACGUUAUUUUAUAGCUCCUGACACAAUAAGAGUCACAAUCUCUGUCUUUCUGUGUUUGUGUCUGUCCAUAGGGGUUGUAUUCCUACCUGUCCAGGUAUUUUGCAGACUUCAGCAGCAGAGGAGUGGUUGUUGGUUAUGACACCAGAGGACAGGAGGAGAGCGGCUGCAGCAGCAAGAGGUGAAUAAAAACAUGCAGAAUCUCUCUGGAUAAGGGGGCAGGUCUUUCAUUGUAAAAUAGGAGCUCCUUUUUCAUGUUUUGGGACUCAAAGUUUGUGAGUGUCUGCAGCAGAUUUCUUCCUCCUGCAACAGGUAAACUGUUCGCAAUGUCAACAACGCCAUCCUCUGUGGAUCAACAUGAGUCAGUAAAAGUCAAUUUAAGAAAAAGUUCUUGUGUUUGUCCCUGUUAGGCCCAGGUUGUUCUUCUCAGAGUCUAAAAGCUUUACAGAUAGGAUCCCUGCAGAGAGAGAGAGGGCGCUUUACUUAACAGAGAACACAGAUUUUUUUAUCAGGUAAAAACGUCUGUCUCUGCAAACACAGCAGGAUACACUUAGAGAGAAACAGGACAGAUUCUGACUGAAGGUCAACUGAUUCUGACUUUAGGUCAACCGAACUCUGACUAAAGGUCCACUGGUUCUGACUCUAGGUCCACUGAUUCUGACUGUAGGUCUGCUAGUUCUGACCGUAGGUCAACUGGUCUCUGACUGAAGUUCCUCUGGUCUCUGACUGUAGGUCCACUGAUUUUGACUGAAGAUCCACCAAGUCUGACUAUAGGUCCAUUGAUUCUGUCCUUAGGUCCACUGAUUCUGACUGUAGGUCCGCUGGUUCUGAUUGAAGGUCCACUGAUUCUGACUGAAGGUCCACUGAUUUCUGACUGUAGGUCCACUCAGUCUGACUAUAGGUCCUCUGAUUCUGACUGAAGGUCCACUGAUUCAGUCUGGAAGGUCCUCUGAGUUGACUGUAUGUGUAAACCAAAGACUAUAUUUUGUAAGGACAUUGUGACUCCGCCUCCCGUCAUUGUACAAAUUUGAAGCCAGAUUUGUACAAUUAAUUCCUUUAACUUUAAGAAAUGGAGCUGCACUGAAAAAAGAGGACUUGAGCACAAACCAGUCUUACAAUAACUACAUGUCACCAUCACAGGCACAGGGGAGAAAACUGUAUGUAACUUUUAUUUCAUUUUUAAGUAUGUCCACAGCUCUAUUCAUUUUGCCGGAGGAGGCGGGGUUUAUGACCUAUCCUGCAACCACUCACCAGAGAUUGCUGUUCUCCAGAAGCUUCACCAUGCGAGGAAGCAGAUAAAUUCCGUUAUAUAUACAUUUUAUGGUGUAAAUGUACUGAUUGGUCUUAAGGCUCCAGAUUCAGCUCUGAAACUUAUUUUUACUGUCAUCAUGCCUUGAGUGGUCCCUUCUCAUUCCUUAGGGAUGACAUAAGAUCAUUUUCAGUACUUUUCUCUGUUUGUUUCAGGUUGGCAAAGCUGACAGCAGCUGUGAUGCUCAGCAGAGACGUCACUGUCCAUCUAUUUUCCUCGUUCGUCCCGACGCCCUAUGUGGUGAGGACACACUUACACAUCAGUUUCUGCUGUGGAUGCUGUUGGAACAGUAUCAUCUUCUGCAGCAUGACAUUAUUAAGGUAUCAUAAAAUUGGUUUUCAGCCCUACGCAGUCAAGAAGCUGGGCGCCGUGGCCGGAGUGAUGAUCACAGCGUCUCACAACCCCAAAGAAGACAAUGGGUAUAAGGUGAGGACACCACUGAGGACAGACUGAUGUAAAACAGCUGUCACUGCCUGAGGCUUAAUUUGGGAUAUCUUUGACUUGCUGAAGCUGCUAGGUAUUUGAGAGGGUUUUUUUUGUUUUUUUUUUUAGAGCUUUAACCCAGAUUAAAGUUUUAUUUUGAAAACACGGAUAAUUGAGAGGGAACCAUUCCCACUAUAUGUUAUUCAUAUCUUUAUUGAGUGGGAUUGUGAAGCAUUACCACUAUAUGUUAUUCAUAUCUUGAUUAUUGAGUGGGAUUGCGAAGCAUUCCCACUAUAUGUUAUUCAUAUCUUUAUUGAGUGGGAUUGCGAAGCAUUCCCACUAUAUGUUAUUCAUAUCUUUAUUAUUAUUAUUGAGUGGGAUUGCGAAGCAUUCCCACUAUAUGUUAUUCAUAUCUUUAUUGAGUGGGAUUGCGAAGCAUUUCCACUUAUUGUUAUUCAUAUCUUUAUUAUUAUCAUAGCGACUUCUACCGUUUUUUGGCCCUUAACUCAUUUCUUACUUUCCGAGAUAUUCCAGGUUUUCCGACCGAUUUCUCAAUUAGAAAUGCAUUACGGAAUGUUCGGAACAGCCUCUUUUCUCACAUUUUAUCACACAACUUCAAAAGCCUUCAAUUCCUCUAUACUUCCAUGUAGAAACUUCAUUCAAGAACCAAAAUGUUCACAAAUUCGUCAGCAUUAUUCCACAUCUUCAACAUUUUUAAUCCCAUUUGUUCUUUUCAAACUAUUAAGAUUUUUUCCAAACUUUGUUAUAAUGGGAGUCAAUGGGAAAAGGGCUUCAGAAGUAGUCAACUUCAACCUCUUCUCAUUCAUUUAUACAUUCACCUAGAAACUUCAUUCAAAGUUUAAAAUAUUCACACAUCUUCAGACAUUCACUCAUUCAUUCACCAUCUUCAUAGCAUUCAUUCAUUUCUCACAGUGACAGUUCAAACAGUCACAGGAUUUUCUGACCUCUUCAGGUUUUAACAUUAGUGUGUAUUUCAUGGAAGAGCAUGGCAGGGAAGAGAAGGGCAGCUAGAGUGCGUGACCUCAUCGCUAGAGUGAGAGAGGCUGAAAAUUUAUCCUCAAAACUUUGUCUUUACAAAAGGAUUGUGGCAACUCACUUCGCUCUACACAGGUAAUAUUUAGUACAGUGAUGGAAACACUCGUUGUCACUCUUCAUCUCAAAAAUCAAAGCUGUAAGACAUACACAGUGGCCUGGGCAGACACCAACUGCCACAGGUAUCCCCAAAAUUUCUCCAGCUUUCUCCAUUGACUCUGAUAUAAUCCUGAGAGGAGGAUUUUCAGAGGAAACACAAACUAGACAUGUUUUUAACUUGUCCUAGUGAAGGCAUUUUUGGCUCCACAAACACAGAAAUUGUAUCAUUGUGUUUAGCCGGGACUUGUGGUUCUCACAAUCGCAUUAUCACGAAGAUAGCAGUUACAGAGGAAGAGCAUUAGGGCGUUGUUUGAGCAUUGCUCAGUGUUAAUUUCGUAGACUAAGACUAAGACGAAAAAUAAUCGUCAACGACCCUUUUUCAUGGACGAAGAGGAAGACAAACGAAAUGUGUCUAUGCAUGACGAUAACGGAGACAAAAAGUAUACGUUAGUCAACAAAUAAGACUAUACGAAAAUGUUAGGGCGGGACAAAUGGAUUUGAGAUCUAAUCAGAGCUAAUCUUUUUGUGGGCUUGAAUCAGAACGCGCCAAAUUGUCACAUUAGGUUGAUCCACCAGGAAGCAGAGCCAUAUUAGGCCAGCCAGGCCGCCAGCACAUGUUGCAACGCAGAAAGUAAACACUGGUACACGCUGUUAGAGGAGGAGAAAAACUACAGCUAAGCCUACUAAGACUUUUUUUUCCACUCGUCCUCUUUUCCACACUCCACUCCACUCGCCAGACACUCUGCAUUCAGUAGUGCAGUGCCGCCGCAGCGUGUACAUUUAGAACGGCAUGACUCGUCGUGGUUGCAACAAUGAGAGAACAAAAUGUCGGAACUAGAAUAUCAGCCUUUUGGAAGCAAACGGAGACUUGACGUUUGGACAAACUUCACAUAUGACAAGAAGGAGGAUCAGACCCUCUGCACACUCUGUGACUUAAAACUGAAGGGGAAAAACACCACCAACUUGAAGCGACAUUUGGAGACUACUCAACCCAGCAAUAUUUGCUAAGGUAAGCACACAGUCACACAUGUCAAUGUUAUUUUUUUAAUCAGAUAAACCACCGUGACAUAAACUGAAAUGGAGAAUACAUUGUGUAAAGUGGUACUGGCUACUGUACUACUGAAAUAGUAAAUUAAGACUAGAUUAAUCAGUUGUUUCUCUUGACUAUUUGAAUGCAAUUAAAUGCAUUGCCCACAAAUGAAAAUGAAUGUGUGCCACUGCCACGAAUAACUAAAUUUUAGAGUGGAUGUUGUAUAUCAUGGGAUUGUGUGUGUGUGUGUGUGUGUGUGUGUGUGUGUGUGUGUGUGUGUGUGUGUGUGUGUGUUUGUUUGUGUGUGUGUGUGGGAGAGAGAGAGGGAGAGAGACAUGGGUCAUCAUCAUAAUGCUGACUUUGGUGGACAUUUUGUCAUUCUUUUAAUCACACCUAAAAUGAGAAUACAAUAAUAUUUACCAGUAACACCAACAUAUAUCUCUGAAUUUGAAUGAAUAUAACAGGUCUUCUGUAAUGUGUACAAAUGGACCAUGCAAAUAAAACAUUUGAGAACAACUAGGAUAGUGGACUCCUAAUAAGCCAAAGCCAGACAGUGUCAUAGUAAAUCAGUAAAUCAGUGUCAUACAUGUAUUGAAGAAAACCUGGAGACUGACUGACAUUCAGUCAUUGGGAGAUUUGGGACUUAUGAAUCAAAAUAAGAAAAUUAAUUAUAAUGGUGUUUAAUAAAACAAAACAAUAUAUAAAACCAAGUCUUGCCAUAGACACAUUAUGUAUGUGUACUUGAUUCCCUCCCUUGUUCACAGCUUCAGAAGACUAAAGAAAAGGAAGAGGCAGAGGCAACUACAUCCCAGGCCCAGCCCGAUGGCCAGACCACCCUCCCUGAGGCUUUAAUGACUAGUACAAAGCACAAAUCUGAGUCCAGAGAUCAAAAGACCAGGGUGCAGGCCAUAACCCAAUGGAUUGGGCGCACUGGUUUACCAGUCACAACAAUAGAAGAUGAGGACUUUGUGGAAUUGAUGGAGGUAAUCGAUUAGAGACUGACUGUUCCAAAGAAAACUAAAAUAAGCAAUUUGAUUGAAACAGAGUAUGCAGAGCAUAGAAAGACAUUCAAAGAGAGACUGGCUGCUGCACGGAGAAUAUCCACUGGCCUUGACUUGUGGACAAAAAAAGGAUUGACAGCCUCAUUCCUCGCUAUAACGGCAUGCUACUUCAAUGAUUAACAAAGUAAACCUGAACACAUAUUGCUGGCUCUAGAAGAAGUAGCACACCCGCACUCUGCACUGUUAAUUAAGGCAUGUGUGGACAAAUGCAUGCAAGAGUGGACCAAAUCAGAGGAGAAAAUCCUCACAGUGAUAACUGACAAUGGGAGUAACAUGGUGGCAGCAUUCAAGACCAUCAUCUCUGAGUCUGAACGGUCUUAUGAAGACAACCCUGACCUUGAAAGUGACUCUGAAAUUGAUGACCAGCGGUGAGCCAUGUUUAGUUAAUUAUUUUCCACAUUACACUACUGUUAAUUAUCACAUGAAAAAAAUAUAUAUUUACAUAGACUUAUAAUUUUUCUCUUUGUCUCACUUCCUUCCUCUCGUUAUUAAGUACCAUCAAGUCAACAUGGAUCGGACACCAUGUGUCGUGCAUACCUUACAGCUCGUGGUCAACAAGGUGCAAAAGGAGGCAUCUGUCAAGUGACUCCUCGAUAAAGCAAGGUCUAUGGUGAAGCUCUUUCGCCAGUCCUCCAUUGCAACACAGAGGGUAUUGAAGGAGUGCGGUGUUAUUGUCAUAAAUGACUGCCCCACUCGCUGGUCAAGCACAUUCAACUUGCUCGCACGACUCCUCGACCUCAAAAACACAGUCUGCCAGAUUGCAAGUGACAUGGGAUGGGAUGCCUUGCUUACUUGUGAGUUGGAGAAGCUUUCAUUAGUGCAUGUCCUACUGUUACCUUUUGCACAGCAUACUAAAUCCCUCCAGAGUGACACCACAUCCUUGUCCCAAGUGGUCCCUUCCCUCUUUGAUCUGCUCAGACACCUUACUGAGUUCACACUGAGCAGUCGCUACAGUAACCUCGCCACUCUUGCAGAGAAAAUGAAAGCAAAUCUAAGCCAGCGUUUUGCUUGCUUUCUGGAUCCAGUUGAUGAAAAGUUCUCACCACUUGCAGCAGCUGCCUGCUUUGUCAAUCCAAUUGUCUGUGAAAUGCUUGUUAAUGUUAAUCUGUCUGAUGGAAAUAUCCAGCAGCUGCUGAUGCAGGCAGAGGACUAUGUGGCCAAAACCGUAUUGCCACCAAUGGCAGGGAGACAAGACGAGGAGGACCUGUCAAGCAGCAUUCAGUCAGAAGAUGCAGAAGAGGAGACUGAGCCUGCGGAAGCAGAAGCAGCAGCUUCCUCUAAGCAGCCAGUGUUCAAGUUUCUGUCAAAGUGCCGCACCACAAGGCCGAAACAGAGAACCUCCAAAACCAGCAUCAGGCAGCAGAUUAUCAAGUACAAGGAAGAAAUUGCACAUCCAAUCACAGAGGAGACAGCGAUUGGCUUUUGGCUGGAAAAGAGUGACAAUUUUUAUCACAGCUUAAAACCCUUCGUAUUAGACUUGUUAGCUAUGCCAGCUUCUCAAGCUUUUGCAGAGAGGGUAUUCAGUGUCCCCAGUGAUCUCACAAGAGGACGACGCAACAGAGGAAGGGUCACUUUGGAGCGAAGUGCUUUCCUUAAAAUGAACAAAAACAAAUAGAAUUGUCACAUUGAUUCAAUACAUUGCUGUUACAGUAUUGACAGCGUUUAGUGUUGUAAAACUACUAGAUCAGUAGAAUUCUUAAUUAAAUGCCAAUCGUGACUGGUCUGUCAUUAGUUUAUUUAUUUUUUUUUGUUUGUUUGUUUAAUAUGAAGAGCAGCAGCAGAGAGAUACAUUUUGUUCCAUUCUAUGUACUUGUCUUGCACAGCAAUCAGCUCAUUGAUCCUUGUUAUAUAUUAACAUUAUCAAUCAGUCUCAGGAAUAUUUCAUUUUCUAUAUAUAUUUAGUUCACUACUACACUGUGAAGCAAGCAAUCUUAUUGGUUGGAAGAGAGUGUAACAAAGACUGAGUGUAACAAAGACUGAGACAGAACUUUGAUGAUGCUUACAGAGUAUAUUUACCUGUAUUUUCUUUUUUUCGUGCAUGGGUUUUUGUGCAACACACACAUUUAUUACUGAACUGUGCAAGGCAUACAAGCCAAAUAUACAAUCUUCUAUUUUUAUCUUUACAUUUCUUUUCAUUCGUGUUUGAUUUUGCAUUACAAUGCACAGAGUAGCAGACAGGAGAAAAUGUGAUCGAUACUGUUACUAUAAUGUUUGGAUCUGGCAGAGGCAUUAUGGCAAACUCCAGGCAUUGUAGCCCAGCCCUGUCCAAGCAGUUACGUACUUAUUUAAACAUAACAGAAUUGUUAUGUUUUGCUGUAUUUAGGUGCAGUGCUAUUACUGGCAGCUAAGAUAGUGUUUAUUUUUUUUUAUGUUUGAGUAGUGAGUACUCAAUUGCACCUUUUUUGCACCAACAGUAAAAGCAGAUAAGAAUACAACAACUUAAUCAGAAUUAUAUUGUUAUAAUUUGUUUGUUCAGAGAAAGUGGUUAUUUUUCAAGAACAUUGUCCUUUAGGGCAGCAAAGCUUUCCUUGACUGAAUGAGUAUGCACUCACUGUACUGCAUGCAUGCAUAGUGCAGGCCUUAUUACUCAUUGUAGUCAGUGUGAGACUGAGAUCAAGGACAUGUACUUAUGUGUUAUCUUGUUGUUUGAUACUGAAAAAUAAAACAAUGUUUUGGAUUACAACUAUAAAUCUGCAUCUGGUCUGUAGUGGACUUUUUUUUCUUUUUUCCCAAAGACUGAAAACAUUAAGACUAAAGGUCCUUACACACCGGCGAAUUUGCGGAGCGAAGCGAAAAAGCGAGACGAAAAUUGCGAAUAUUCACCGGUCCGAAAAAUCGCUUUCGCCUAUACACACCGGCCGCGAAGCGAAUAUGCGUAUAUUUUUUGCAAAGCGAAUUAAUAAAGUCGUUUUGCGGCACGGAGGAGAGGAGAUGCGAGGUGGAAGACAAGAGAGUGUCAUCUUGUGAGGAAACUACUUCAUUAGUAAUUAGAAAGAGUUUUGGAUGCACCUCAGCUGCCUUUCUCUGCGUAUUCAUAAUCUCAAACGUCUCCCUCUCCUCCAGCCGUAUGGGUCUGUGACGUCAUCAACAACAUGACUUUUGAUUGGCCAGAGGUCUAGCAGGUCCAGAUAUUCGCCUGCGAAUAUCCGAAAAAUUCGACACAGGAGCGGAAAAAUAAAAGCGGCUUUUCGCCCCGCGGAAAAAUCGCCGCCGGUGUGGAAGCUUGCAUUGACUUUAAGCUGUUUUAAAAAAAGGCGAACAAUUCGCCUGGCGAAUUCUCGCCCGGUGUGUAAGGACCUUAAGACUAAUCCCAGAAGGCUAGACUAAUCCCAGAAGACUAAUAGACUAAGACUGUUUUCGAUAUUUAGUCGACUAGACUAGACUAAAAUGAUUCCAGAAGACUAAGACAGGACUAAGGCAAAAUUUGCGUUUAGUCGUAAGACUAAGGGCUCUAUUUUCGUGUACGCCUGUGAGGCGGCGGAGGGCGGCGAGCCCCGCACAGUUGUAUUUUCGUCUGGCGGAGCCCGGCAUACAGCCAGUUUGGUAUUUUCGUGGACUGAGGCGCACGGAGGCGAGCCGAGAUCCGCCAAGCUGGGCGUGGUGGCGUGGCAGGGGGAGGUGUCGACAGCGGGCGCAGUGACAUUUUCGUGCUCGCCACUGGCGUGUAAAGUGCGCUGAAAGCUCGCCGAUUCCAACCUGGUCAGCUUUCAGCGCAGGCGGAACGCAGCUGGUCUAGUAGUAUUUUGGUAGACCGGCGGCGUAUCUGCAUACGUCAUCGAUGCCUCACCGGCAGGUUUCCACAGUGUCAGGCACAUUUCAGUGCAAUAAAUAAUCAUCAACAACUAUUAAUCUGAGUCAGCACAUACAUUUAGAUCUAUAUCGGUAUAUUCUGAGGUUUGAAUACGAGCAACUUUAUGUGAGUGUCUUUAUUUGUGGAAAAGGGUGUUUGUCUUACCAGUGGGUCCAACAUUACACACACCAAAUCCAUCUGUGCUCAUAUAAGAGAGUGUGGAGGACGCCCAAUGCAGCGCUUAAAGUGACACUUGUUGAGGAGCUGCCCUUUGUCGCCAUCGUGUGGCAUAACUGUCUUCAGACAUCUCUUGAUCUCUUUGACUACUUCAUGAAAAUUGCAAUAUGCCUCGCCUGUGGCGGAUUUAAAGGCAAGGAGAGGAGCUGAUGUGAUUGGUGAAAACAGGUCUCGGCUGUGUUAAACCCACUCCCCGCCCUCUCUCCUCCUUCGCUACGACUUACACCGCUGGGAGGAGCUGAAUUAGGGAGGGGGGAUACUUACGCCGGGCUGCGCCACUCACCAAAAUAACAAAUUGUGCUUGGGAACGCCUUGUCGGCGCGGCGAACCUCACUUACGCCGCGCAUGCACCGCGUCGCCGGCGAGGCACGAAAAUAGAGCCCUAAGACUAAGACUAAAUCAAAAAUUUCAGAAAAAAUAAACACUGCUCAGCACACUGAGUACUGGGGGUUACAUUUAUAACCCUUCACUAGACAAACUGUCAUCUAUCUCUUCCCCCAAAGUUUGAGCUACAGAAACCAUCCGGGGCUAAAUAAAUGCAGUUCAUGUAGGACAUUAUGGGAUGCAUUCAGGAUUUUUUUUUUAAUUUAAUUUUUUUCCCACACUAGAUUGAAUUCUAAUAUUCAUGCGUUAUUUAAUUCUUCAAACAAAUUAAAAAUUAUUUAAACUGAUUUAAACCUUUCUGAUAUUCCCGUUGCUUUAAGAAUUUUAAUCAUUUUAAUUUCCCUGUUUUAAAUCAUUUAACGAUUUAUACAUCAUUUUAUUCUUCAAAUUCCAUCUCAUUCAAGAUGAUUCAAACCUUUCUAGUACUUCAAACUUUUCUCAAACUUCAGGAUUUUUAAUCAUUUUUAUUUUCCACAUACUAAUUUUUUUUAAACAAUUUCAAUGAAUUCAUCCAAAUCGUUCAAAAAAUUCAAAGCGUCCUCAAAAUUCAAACAUUCUUAUCUUUCAGACUUUCAAAAUUCAGCCAUUCGCAAUAGCAGUUAAGCAAUAGCGAUUUGAAACAGAGCAAUCCCACUCGCAAUUUCUUUUCUAGUUCAGGAUAUGACCUACUCUGAGAAUCAGAGGAAUUGUGUUGGUUUAUGUGUCACUGAAAUGAAAUAUUACCAGAUCUGUUCUAGGGCAGGACGAUAUGGACCAAAAGUCAUAUCCCGAUAUAUUUAGGCUGAAUAUCGAGAUACGAUAUAUAUCCCCGAUAUUGUUAUUGCAAAGUGAGAGCAAAUGUUUGGUCACUUUCAAAGCCAAAUGACAUGUCACAAGUAGUUCUAUUUAAACUGGCCGGACAAAAUUAUGCUCAGCUGUUCAAAGAACAAUAAAAUGUAAACAUAAAUACUGUAUAACCACAUGAGUACUUUUUUUUUUUUUAAUUGGAGCUCCAUAAGGUACACAAAAAAUGAAAAAUAUAUCUUAAAUAAAAAUAGCAAAAGUAAAAUAGUACCUCUAAAGUGAAUUUAUUUAUAUAAGAAAAGCAUCAAUAUUUUGACAACUAUAAAUGGCAUAUUAAAAUCAAAAGCAGAUUUUCUUCCUCUCUCUAACAAAUCCACGGAUGCAAACAACAAAGACUACAAAGAAUUAAAUAUGACAAACCCUAGUAAGGGCAGCACUUGCAUCUAUAAAGACAGAACAAAAUAAAGUACUCAGUUUAAGAAACUUGUUUUUAAACAUCAUUUUGAGAUUACCUAUCUGUCUUACUUAUCGUCAUCACAGUCUCAACCAGUUGCACAAGACUAUGCCAGAUUAUGAACUCAGUAAACAUUUCCCCCUCUUUCUUUUUUACUUUGAUAAACAGUGAGUGCUGUCUUGAGGUCGACAUUAGAGGACUUUGGAGGACUCCUUCUUUGUUUAACCCAUGAAGACCUGAACCCUGUCUGAGACACACUUUGAAAUCCUGAGGGCCGUUUUGAGAAAGGCCCCCAGAUCCUGAGGUUUUCUGAAGUGUUGCCUCUGUAGCAGAUAGAAACAAAAUUCAAAAAGUAUUUGAGAGCUUACACGUGGGGCUUUCAAGAUAACUACCAUUUAUUCACAUUAUUGAAAACCUUGAACAAACAAACUCAAAUGAAGUUAAGUGGCUGUGUAAAUUAAAGUACAGGCUCUGCACCAGAGAGUAACAAAUAAUUUGCUUUCUGUAAAACAAGUGGCAGUCAUGAUAAAGUUUCCAUCAAUACAAAUGUAAAUAGAAAAAAAUGAAGUGUUGAAAGGGUACACAGCUGCGCUAGUAUAGUGCCAGUACAAAAGCAGCACUAAAAACUAAUAAAUAAAUCAGUAAGUGGCUGACAGUGUGUUCAUCUCUGUGCUCACCCAAAGUCAUGCAACACUCAUAGAAAACGCGAUAGUGUGAGCCAAAGCACUCGAUAUGUAGAGGUUGUUCACACUUGCUGGAUGCUUCUACUCUGAAGCUGUUCAAUGCUACCGUCAUUGUUUACUUUCCUCACAAAGCACGUAGCAAGGUCUGAGCAUGAAUCCAGACGCUUUAUUAGCCAAUCAGAGGCAGACAGGUAUGGUUAUUUGAUUCACCACGACUCCAGAAAUGAUUGAAAAACUACAGAAUGUUACAAAAUGACAUAUCCACGCUCCCGACAUAAAGGGUAGAAAUGCGCAGCGGCACCGCCAGCUUGGAAGGUUGAAAUGCGUUCACGCUUCUCUCUGCUUGUAGGGUUGAAAUACCUACAUGCACUCGGCUUUCUGAGUAGAAAUGAGCAGCCGUGCUCCUGGCUUGAAAGGUAGAAAUGCGUAUGUGCUGUCCCCGGUUAAAUGGGUUAAAGAUUUUGUGCGAGAAACACCAGCCUGUCAAGAACAGCAUCUGAUAUCUGUAUAUCAAAAUAUGCGAUAUGGUCCAAUUUCAUAACUCAUUUAAAAAUAUAUCGAUAUAUUUUUUAUACCGAUAUAUCGGAUUUGCACAUUAAAGUCCUGGGGCCUCAUUCAUCAACCGUGCUUAUGCACAGAUGUGUGCGUAAUGAGUGUGUACGAACAUUCCCACGCAAAGCAUGGAAUUUAUCAACCUGUACUUGUGCUUAGGAUCGUGCAUAAAUUUAAGCACACCUCUGACCAUGCUUACACACAAGAACUAGUGGCAGACAAGUGAAACUACAAAUAGAACCCAUUAAAGGAGUCACAGCAUUCAGCAAUGUCAAACUUCACACAUGUUCUCCGUUGCCUCUGUACAAAAUUUAUGAAAUAGUUCUUUAGCAGACAUUUUGAAUGAUUGGUGUGAUGAGCUAUAAAAUCAGCUGUGACAGGACAACCUCAAAUUAAGUCUUACAAGUACAAAUACAAGUAUCAUGGAUUAUUUUGCUUGCAUUUUGCGUGUUUCCCAAGAACGUGCUUAUCUGUUCAGUGAGAACUCAGAGUGGAUUCUCAGCAGUUACCGCUUUCCCCAAAACAUUUUAAUGGAUUUAUGCCGUGAUUUACAACCUGUGUUGGAGCAAGAGACAAAUCGCACCAAAGCCGUCCCAGUGCACACCCAGCUCCAGCCCACCCUGGGCUUUUUGGCCACCGGAACAUUUCAGCGUGAGAUUGGAGACAUAUGUGGCAUUUCGCAGCUAACGCUAAGCAGAGUCAUGCCGGCAAAGUUGGAUGCAAUAAUUUCUCUGGCCUCAAUUUACAUCCAGUUCCCAAACACACAUCACCAACAAGCCGAAAUAAAACGAGGAUUUCACGCCAUCGCCGGAUUUCCGAACAUAAUUGGAGCCAAGCACCUUCACACAAUAAAUUCAGUUAUGUCAAAAGAUAAGGAUUUCAUUCAGUCAAUGCACAAAUAAUCUGUGAUGCACAUAUGUAUCUGUUAAACGUUGUUGCCCUGUGGCCAGUAGGAACGCACGACUUAUUCAUUCUGCAGAACAGCUCUGUGAGUGUGUACCUCCAUGGUUUCUACGAGGGGGAAAAAAUCCAUUCAGGCAUUUUUAAAGGGAUUGUUGAUUCCAUAUAUUGUCAAUUGGAGGUGUUUCUGAAUGCAAAUGAUCCGAACAGGUGGGAUUUAUCAUCACCGAUUACUUACUAGUGUGCAUACGACUGGUGUCCGCAUGUUUGAUAAAUACAAUUUUUUUUUAACUUACGCACAUUCUAAAUUUCAUUCCUACGCCAGAAUUUAGGACCUUUUCUACACACGGUUGAUAAAUGAGGCCCCUGGUCUAAACACUGACAUGACACAAGGCCUCAGAUGUGAAUAUGUGUUGCCCCCUGCAGGUGUACUGGUGUAAUGGCGCUCAGAUCUCUGCACCACACGACAAGGAGAUCCUGCGGGCUAUUGAGGAACAGCUGGAGCCAUGGAGCGCCUCUUGCUGGGAGGAGGAGCUGGUGGAGAGCAACUCCCUGAGGACUGACCCCCUGACCCAGAUCAACAGCCGCUAUAUGGAGGAGCUCACCUCCCUCUGCUUCCACAGGUGAUAGGAGGACUGAGGUCCAUUUCAGUUAGUCCUCAGAUUUAUGUAGCUAGUCCUAAUAUCAUAGACCUCUUUAGCUGGUCCUGAGGCCUCUGCAUAAUGUACAAAACCCAAUUCCAUUGAAGUUGGGAAAUUGUGAUAAACGUAAAUAAAAACAGAAUACAAUGAUUUGCAAAUUGAUGCAAAUACAUCAUCCUAUAUUCAAUUGAAUACACUACAAAGACAAGAUAUUUAAUGUCCAAACUCAUGAACUGUAUUUUUUUUUUGCAAAUAAUAAUUCUAAUAAUAAUAAUAAAACUCAGAAUUUCAUGGCUGCAACACAUGCCAAAGUAGUUGGGACAGGGGCAUGUUUACCACUGUGUUACAUUACCUUUACUUUUAACAACACUCAAUAAACGUUUGAACUGAGGACACUAAUUGUUGAAGCUUUGAAGGUGGAAUUCUUUCCCAUUUGCUCGAUGUACAGCUUCAGUUGUUCAACAGUCUGGGGUCUCCGUUGUCGUAUUUUACGCUUCAUAAUGUGCAACACAUUUUCAAUGGAAGACAGGUCUGGACUGCAGGCAGGUCAGCUGAGUACCCGCACUCUUAUACUACAAAGCCACGCUGUUGCAACAUGUGCAGGAUGUGGCUUGGCAUUGUCUCGCUGAAAUAAGCAGGGGCGUCCAUGAAAAAGACGUUGCUUGCAUGGCAGCAUAUGUUGCUCCAACACCUGUGUGUACCCUUCAGCAUUAAUGUUGCCUUCACAGAUGUGUAAGUUACCCAUGCCUUAGGCACUAAUGCACCCUCAUACCAUCACAGAUGCAGGCUUUUGAACUUUGCGUCGAUAACAGUCCGGAUGGUUCUUUUCCUCUUGUAGGAAUAGAGGACACAAUGUCCACUAUUUCCAAAAACAAUUUGAAAUGUGGACUCAUCAGACCACAGAACACUUUUCCACUUUGCAUCAGUCCAUCUUAGAUGAGCUCUGGCCCAGAGAAGCCGUCAGCGUUUCUGGAUGUUGUUGAUAAAUGGCUUUCGCUUUUCAUAGUAGAGUUUUAAUUUGCACUUACAGAUGUAGCGACGAACUGUAUUUACUGACAGUGGUUUUCUGAAGUGUUCCUGAGCCCAUGUGGUGAUAUCCUUUACACAUUGAUGUCAGUUUUUGAUACAGUGCCGCCUGAGGGAUCAAAGGUCACGGGCAUUCAGUGUUUGUUUCCGGCCGUGCCGCUUACGUGCAGUGAUCUCUCCAGAUUCUCUGAACCUUUUGAUGAUAUUAUGGACCGUAGAUGUUGAAAUCCCUAAAUUCCUUGCAAUUGUACUUUGAGAAACGUUGUUCUUAAACUGUUCGACUAUUUGCUCACGCAAUUGUUCACAAAGUGGUGAACCUCGCCAGCUCAAGAUAUUUGCAGCUAGUCGAUACCACUGCACCAAAUAUUUAGGCCUCCCUAUCUAGGUCCCAGACUUCAACGCACUGACCCUGGAAGUUAGGCCUCUACAGCAAGACAUAAGACCAUAGACCUCUCUAGCUAGAGGUCUUGGACCUCAACCCAUAGUCUGCAGUUAGUAUCAUAGUCUGUGCAACUAAUCACAACUCUGUCAUCCAGUCCAGACCCUUUCAGUCAUUCCCUAGACCAUGUCUCUUGACUGUCAAACUUAGACCUCGGCAACUGGUCUCAGUAUCUCUGCAGCUAGUCUGAUGGUGCAUUCCCACCAAGGGGCCUGUUUUGGGUCAGAACAUUUUGGCUUGGUAAACAUUGUGUUCUAACAGCAGACUGGACUCCUGCAUGGAGGACUUUGGCAUUGUGUUAACUGGAAUGUUUAGCCUGCCAACAGUAGCUAGCAUGAAAAGUGCUCUUCAAUACCAGGUUAGAGGAAAUAUUUCUUCUUUUGUGAUCUCUCUCUGUGCAGUUUCUCUGAGCCCCCCUCUGUGCUCAGCUGGGGAAUUAAGGGCCUGUUCAUUAACCCUUGACAGCUUUCCCUGUUACGGGGCGUUCACAUCAAGCACAGUAAAAUCAUUCACACAAGUGGAUUAUGUGUAAAGUCAAUGCAAAAAUGUGAUUAGACACUUGUUCUACUCCGACAGCACAAACCGCACGAAUUGAGCAUGUUAUUUGUGAAAGUAAAAAAAAAAAAUCUCAAUUUAUGGGGAUGUUCGCAUCGAGAUAACCAAACAGCAUUGAGAUACCCGGGUGACGCAUGAUGACAGACCACUGAUUUGAAAAAAGGAGGACAAAGUCAUUGUGUCGAUGUGCGGGUACCCUGAACUGUAAAAUACAACUUGUUUUGUUUCUUUACUGAAACAGGAUUAAAAAGGAGCUCGCCUAGUGGAAAGUGGGUGAGGAGGUCAGAUUAUCUGGUAAAUUGUUAAAACCUUGCUCCAUCACUUAAUCCUACUGUUUGAAUUGUCAAGGAUCACUGUUGAAAUUUGAAGAAUUGGCCUCACGUCAGGGAAACUAUGUAAAACUUAUGUUUUUUAAAAAGAAACAUGCAGAAAAGAAGUGGAAGAGCCUGAGGGACACUUACCUGAAGGAGAGGGGAAAGGAGAUGGAAAGGAGAAGUGGGUCAGCAGCAGGAGCAGGGAAGUUCUGUCUUUCCUCACCUGCUGCUGCCCCGAACCAGACGUUUGAUCUCUUUCCCCUUCUCCUUUGUCCCUCACUCUUGCAUCUCACUCCUGGAUGUACAUAGUUUUUGAUUUUUAAAUAUCUGUUAUUUAAUUGUUCAUAAAUUUUAGUUAAUAAAGCAUGUUAUAUCUGUUAAAAUCUAUGUUUGACUUUCUUUUACCAUAGGUAUUAAGUGCUUUUCUGAAUUUCAUCAACUCUAUAAUUUUUUAACAUGGUAGUUCAGGUCUGUAUCAUUUUUAAAUGAUUAUUGAUCUUGCGUGUUUGAAUUCUGUUAUGUUUGGUAAACUGCUAUCUGAGUCUGACUUCCAGAUACAACGUCUUAACUGGUCUAACUGAUAAUACAUUGAGUUUUUAGUUGCAUUAUAAUGUUUUAACUUGCAGUGUUUCAUAUAUUUUGCAUCUUACCAAAUUAAGUAGUUGAAGACCAAGUGGUGCAAUCAAGUCAGACCAAUAAUUUGCUAAUGUAGUAUUUUCCCUGUUCCAUGGCUGCUUAAACCUUGAUUUGAAUAGUUUUAUCUGAAGAAAAAGACUGCUUGUCAUGAAGUUAUUUGAGUUAAUGACUUAUUCGGAAGUCUGGAGUUUGAAACCUCCUAGUACUCAUCACAAAAACGGUGUUAUGCCAUUUUAUUGUUAGUCAUAAAUGAGCUCUCUCAGGACAUGGUCUCUUUAUACCAAGCAACAAAAUGCAAGAUUAAAAUACAUUUACUGAAAUGCAUAAUCACAAAAAUAUAAAGUAGAAGCACUGCACAUAGAUAUGAAUUCAUUCUGGUACUGAUAAAAAAUAUAAUAUUGCAGGACUUUUGCUCAGUUUUAAUGUGUGGUUGGCUCUUAAAAGAGCCAUUGUGGUGUGCAUCAUUCAGUUGGUUGCCAGGGUACUGCUCCCUCUGCAGAGAAAUGGGUUUUAAAGACUUCCCUGACCCGGAUGGCUUCUCUGGAAGAGGUGUUGGAUCCAACCCUAACAGGACCUGGCAGUGGCUGCACCUCACUGCUCCCAAACACUGCAGGUGUCUCAGCUGACCUCCGUAUUAAGAUGUGGAGAACAAAGGUUGUCUGGAUGGACCUCCAUGGCAUGCUUGUACAUCCUCCACUGGACUGAGAAAUAUCGCUGGAAAUGGCCGUCAGCCAGGCGCAGCUCUUGGAGGAGGUGGUGAAAUUCUCCAAACUGUCAGCACAUCUGGAGAAUAGGAUGCACCCAGACACAGCAGUGCCUCCAUCUCCGACUGGCCUUCAACAACAAAUACAAAGCAGCAAUCCUCGCGACGUAGUUCACUUCUACCAUGCUUGAUGGAGACUCUCACGUAUCCACGCCUUUUGAGCACUCCGUUGAUGUGUAAAUGGUGCGAAUGAUUCUUGCAAAUGAAGCAAGUCAAUACUCUUCAUUCACAUGUGAACAUACCCGCAAAUUAAGCGAGUAGAUGGUUUGACUCGUGCUUCUUGUGAAUGCCUCAUUAUGAAUCCAGAUUUAAACAAAACAGUACCAUGACCUCUUAAGUCUUUAACAGAUGUGGGUCCGAAUCAGUAUGCUUGAUAACCAAACAAGAAGAUGCUGAAGAAGUAUGCUGGCGACUUGUCUAAGGUGUCCCCUGCCUUUGCCCAAAGAUGCUGGGGUAGGCUCCAGCCCCCUGUUACCCCCAACGGGAAUAAGCAGUAGAAAUGAAUGAAUGAAUGAACAGAAGCUCACCUGUUUCUAUGCUAACAGGUCAAACAAAGAGCAGGAGUGUCUGACGCCUUUUUGUGUCCCUCAGGGAUCUGAACCGAAGUUCUCCGUUGAAGUUCGUCCAUUCCUCAUUCCAUGGUGUAGGACACGACUUUGUCCAUCAGGCCUUCCUCACCUUUGGCUUUGCUCCUCCAAUCCCUGUCCUUGAACAGAAGGACCCGGACCCAAACUUCCCCUCUGUCCGCUGUCCUAACCCUGAGGAGGGGGAGUCAGUGCUGGUAGGAUACUGGUCUCAGGUCUUCUGGUGAUUUCUGUGACUCAGCGUUUUAAAUUUCUGUGUGUUUUUGCAGGAACUUUCUCUCCGUCUGGCAGAGAAAGAGAGAGCUGAAAUCGUUUUGGCGACAGAUCCCGAUGCUGACCGUUUGGCUGUGGCUGAGAGAUCAGACAGGUAAUUGUUGUUUGUGCAAAGGCACUGAAGUAGAGACAGUCUGAAAAAACAUUCAGCCUACCCCCUGAUAGAGGUGUCGUUGACCUGUAUGUGCCACUCUCACAGGUGCAGUUGGAAGGUGUUCACAGGGAAUGAGCUGGCCGCUCUGUUGGGUUGGUGGAUGUUCUUUAAUUGGAAGGAGGCCCAUCCAGAUCCUGCAGACUCACAGAGGGUCUACAUGCUGGCUACAACGGUGUCCUCUAAGAUCCUGCAGGCCUUUGCUCGCAUUGAGGGCUUCCACUUCGAGGUCUGACGGUUUAAAUGUAGAAAAAUCGAUCCAAUAUAGUAUAUCAAAAUAAGAGUCUGUCUGUGUGUCUCUGUGCUUAACAGGAAACUCUUCCUGGGUUCAAAUGGAUUGGGAACAAAAUACAUGAGCUGACCAAAACAGGAAACACUGUCUUAUUUGCCUUUGAGGAGUCCAUCGGUGAGCAUGUUUAAUAUAUACUGUAUUUAAUCUAAGACGUCUUCAGUCAGGGUGAUGGUCUCUGAGGGUCUGAAUUUUAUUGAAAAAAACUUCUGAUAAGGACAUCAUAACAUCCCCUUUAGUUUUUGCUGGUUUUCUCCACACAUUCACCUCUGAACAAUCUUUAGACUUUGAGCUCUAACUUGAUUCAUAAAGAAAACUGUCUGCUGUCACUUUCUGCUGGUUAGACUCAUUUUACACUCUGGAUGAUUUCAUGGUUCAUGUUGGUCUGAUUGAAGUCAGAGGUUCAGUAACUCUCCUGAAGACCAUCUGUCACAUCACAGAAUCAUUAACUAUCUUUAAUUUUCAUGCCAUCAGAAGAUCAUUUCGACCACAUAUCAAACAUAAAACUAAAAAUGAACACAAGUGCAGAUGUGGCAAAUCUUUGCUUCUGUGUUUUCAGGUUUUUUGUGCGGUGGGUUGGUUCCCGAGAAAGAUGGCGUGAGUGCAGCAGUGGUCGUGGCUGAAAUGGCGGCAUAUCUCCUCUCUAAGAACCUGAGUCUGGGCCAACAGCUCCUCAACAUUUACCAGACGUAAGAUCUAAUGUUAGCUCACAGAGCUCUAUGUGAGGAAAAAACCUGUCCUGCUGUUAAUCUGCCAACCACAGGGAGAGAAAUUCAGCAAUAUUAGACAUGAUCACACAAGGCUGAACAAUACCUGCAGGUUCAGGAGCAACACCUGCUGCCAUCCAGACAUAGACUUUUUUGGUAAGACCUUCAUAUUUCAGGAGGACAACGACAGAGUCCUGCUGAGAAACUGGUCUGCCUGCAGUCCUGACUUGUCCCCCUUUGAAAACAUUUGGAGCAAAAACAGGUCGAAGGAGACCCUGAACUGUUGAACAGCUGAAAUUCUCUAUCAGGCUAUAAUAGGACAACAUUUCACUAUCAGACUCCAGAACCUGGUUUGCUCGGUUCACUAAGAUGUACAGAACCUGGUCUGCUAGGUUCACUAAGGUUUACAGAGGGUUAGUGAAGGAAGAGCUAAGGACACACGGUGAGAAACAUGAACCUGGAACUACUUUAAACAAACCUCAAAUUUAAAAUUAGCCCAGGUUUUUCCUAAAACUUUCCCUAGUGUCAGAGGUUGUUUAAGUUUUUCAUGAAAUCUGGACUCUAAAUAAUUCAGAGAAUCUGUUUUGGUCAUGUUUCCUUUUGGAUUGAUGCAGUUAAAUGAAACACAUCUGACUUGUUUAAUCUUCAGUUUGAUGAUCUCCUUGUUGACACAAAUCUUUUACCACUAGAGGGCAGCAAACACUAGCUCUCCGCCCUCUGUUUCAUUAAACAUUAGAUUGGUUCACUUUUAGAUGUUCUCUCAUGGUGAAGGUGUCUAAGGUACCCAACAAAACCAAUGUCCUCAGAGGUCUACUCCAGGGGCCUGUUCUACGAAGCAGGUUCAACUUAGCGAGGUAGCCUUAGAGCUACCUCGCUCAACUUAGGCUGUGUCUCAUUUCAGAGACCGCAUCGUGAUAAGCGCACUUAACGGCGCUUAGCUGAGUGCACUGCCGUUUUGAGCCGUUUUGAGCCGUUUUGCGCCGUUCUGUGCCCUUCCUGUGUCCCAUUUCAGAUACAGCAGCCAUCGAACGGCGCAUCUGACGCGUACGUGAGGUCACCACGCGGCACGAACGGUGUCCCGUUUGGCACAAAAUACUAAGCGCGCUUCAAAUUCGGUCUCAAAACCACACUACCCCCGCCUCUUUUUCAAGCGUGCAUGUAUGCACGCUUUCGUGCCGUCGGUAUCCCAGAAUUCUUUGCGUGCCGCUGCACAGCUGUGCAUUUCAGGUGAGAGGCUGGACUCGCUUGGAGACACAGCGCGUCUUCGAAGAAAAUACAAGAAAUCCAAAAACAGCAGACAGUCAGCUCAGGCUGUAUGAGAGCAUGAUCUCUGAACUCACUAAAAUCUGUAAACCAAACAUUAUAGAUUUAGAGACGAACUGAUCCGCUGUGUUACAACUAUCAAAAACAUUAGAAAUGAGAAAGCUGACAAAACUACAGCAGAGUAUCAGGACAACAUUGAGUUUUUUUUUUCUUUUAAGAUUUAGAGAUUAAAGUUGUAAAUUUUGGAGAAUAAACUCAUAAAGUAUAUAAAGUCAUAAAGCUGCUUUUGCGGAGGGGGAAAUGACUGAAGCUGGUCAUCUGCAGGGUUAUCUGUGGAUGUAUCAGUGGGUCAUUCAGAGAGAUUUUGUGGUUUCUGAAGAAACAAUCAAACUGAUGAUGAUCAACAUUUGUGAUCCAGAGGGAGUCGAGCUCCGACGAGCACCACGUCUCUGACACCGGCGGUAACCUACACCUGCAGAGACACCAACACCUUAUUACUGCAUAUGGAUUCAUAUCAUAAACUAAAGCUCAAUGUCAUUCACGGAUAUUAACGGCUGCAUUGACAGAUAUAUCCUCAGCAUAUUCAUUUCUGUCUCCACAAAAGCAGCGAUUUCCUUCAAGUACACCAAUUUUUUUCCCCCGUGGAAAAGACGUAUUUCUCAUAUAUUCUUUUUAAAGUCUUUAUACUUAUGACAAUGUUAUGCUGAUGUGCCAGAGGAUGAAGAAUCUCCUUGUUUGUGAAACCUAUACUGAAGCACAGUUCCUUCAAAUGCUUCAUGGCCCUAAUUUUAACAAGUCUCUCUGAAAUAACAGGUUAUGACUUCAUUCUCAUAAAUUAAUGACUUUAUUCUCGUAAAUUCACGACUUAAAUCUCGAAGUCCUUAAAGUCUUAAAUCUCAAUAUGGCCCUCAUACUCCUUCUUACAAAACAAUCAUUGGAUGAAUUGUGCUUGUAUGUAUCUACUAUUUUGUGUCUGUGCAAGGUCGCACAAUUAAAACAAUAAAUGCUGCGCUCCGCGGGUUUCCUUUAAGUCAGUCGUGACGCGAGCCUGAGGGCGGGGACAUUUGGCAACUCCACCAGGAAGUCCUCCGAAGGUCUCCAAAUGUCCCCGCCCUCAGGCUUACGUCACGACUGAUUAGAAAAAAAGCUGCGGAGCGCAGCAUGUAUUGUUUUAAUUGUGCGACCUUGCACAGACACAAAAUAGUAGAUACAUACAAGCACAGAUCAUUCCCACAAAAUUCAUCCAAUGAUUGUUUUGUAUGAAGGAGUAUGAGGGCCCUAUUGAGAAGGAGGAUAGGAGAUACUUCAUCCUCUGGCACAUCAGCAUAACAUUGUCAUAAGUAUAAAGACUUUAAAAAAAGAAUAUAUGAGAAAUACGUCUUUUCCACGGGGAAAAAAACUGGUGUACUUGAAGGAAAUCGCUGCUUUUGUGGAGGCAGAAAUGAAUAUGCUGAGGAUAUAUCUGUCAAUGCAGCCGUAAAUAUCCGUGAAUGACAUUGAGCUUUAGUUUAUGAUAUGAAUCCAUAUGCCAUAAUAAGGUGUUGGUGUCUCUGCAGGUGUAGGCUAUGGCCGGUGUCAGAGACGUGGUGCUCGUCGGAGCUCGACUCCCUCUGGAUCACAAAUGUUGAUCAUCAUCAGUUUGAUUGUUUCUUCAGAAACCACAAAAUCUCUCUGAAUGACCCGCUGAUACAUCCACAGAUAACCCUGCAGAUGACCAACUUCAGUCAUUUCCCCCUCCACAAAAGCAGCUUUAUGACUUUAUUUACUUUAUGACUUUAUUCUCCUAAAUUUACAACUUUAAUCUCUAAAUCUUAAAAGAAAAAAAACUCAAUGUUGUCCUGAUACUCUGCUGUAGUUUUGUCAGCUUUCUUAUUUCUAAUGUUUUUGAUUGUUGAAGCAGAGCGGAUCAGUUCGUCUCUAAAUCUAUAAUGUUUGGUUUACAGAUUUUAGUGAGUUCAGAGAUCAUGCUCUCAUACAGCCUCAGCUGACUGUCUGCUGUUUUUGGAUUGCUUGUAAUUUCUUUGAAGACGCGCUGCGUCUCCAAGCGAGUCCAGCCUCUCACCUGAAAUGCGCAGCUGUGCAGCGGCACGCAAAGCAUUCUGGGAUACCGACGGCACGAAAGCGUGCAUAAAUGGACGCUUGAAAACAUGCUAAGCGCGCUUAGCAUUUUUUAGCAUCUCGUGCCAAAUGGGACACCGUUCGCACCGUCGUGACGUCAUGCACGCUUCAAAUGCACCGUUCGAAGGUGCAGAAGGGCACUUAGGUCGAUGCGGUCUCUGAAAUGAGACACAGCCUCAGCGUGGUAGCCAGUGGUCUCGCUACACGGUUUUACGACGCUGGUUAUCAACCUCAUAAGUGGAUCCAGCUCUGCUAUGAGCGCGUGCACACAUAUAAGGCGGAGCCCGCCGCAUCUGACCAAUCACGAACAUGGACCAUUCUGGAGCGUCAGAGCAGGACGGAGAGUGAAGGACCGCGGACUUUACAAACGAGGAACAGGAGAUGAUCAUGAGAAAGUAUGAAGAACUGAAAGCUAUCACAAACCUCAAAAGCAACACCGUCGCCGCUGCAAAAGCACGGAGGGAACGCUGGCAGAAAAGUAAUCUUUGAUGCCAUUAUCACCCUGAAAUAGCACUGUUCAACAUGCGCUUUUAACUAAGGUGACAGUCCCCGAAUUGGAUGAUCUGUCCCCGGCUAAAGCUGUCCCCGAAAAUGUCCCUGAUUUAAGCGUUUCAUGAAUGAGAACAAAAAUGUUGCAUGUGGGCUAGAACAACGGUUAUUACAGUAGGUAGGAAGCACAAGUAAGCAGUCCUGAACAACAGUAUUUACGGGGUUAUUAUAAGGGGCGUGCGCUGCUACUAAAUAGUACUGAGAUGUUGUCUGUGAUCACACAGCCCAUGCAGCUCAUGCCCAUUCAUUUCCAAGAUGAAUUCACUCAUUUGUUCAUUCCUAUCAUGUUUACAUGUUUUGUGUGAUAUGUCGGCCAUAUGAGCCUUCGAUAAAGGUGGUCAUCCGGAGAAAACUCUCCCUGAAAACUCUCGCGAGCCGGAGUGCUCCUCCUCAGACAAUGCGAGCACCGAGGUCUACAGGAUUCUCCAAGAACGGACAAGCCGUUUUUCGAGAGAGCUCAUUGGUCAGUGGGCGGGGUUUUUAUACUCGGUGAGUUCAAUCUGGAACUUAACCUGCCCCAGAGCAGGUUAGCCGUUCAGCGUAUAUUGCUAUGGAGACUCGCCUCGCUAAGAAGUGAACCCGCGUCGUAGAACAGGAAACCCCGAACUUAUCCUCGAAGUUACCUUGCUAAGCAGUAAUCCUGCUUCGUAGAACAGGCCCCUGGCCUUUUUCAGAGCUGAGAUGUUUUGAGUCCCUGGUUUGAAGUCUUUCUCUUUUCAGAUGUUUUCUUCUAUCAUGGAUGUUUUUGUUCCGUCCUGUGAGUCUGUUUUGGGUUCUGUGUUGCUGUUGUAUGUGGCAGGCCUCUAAGCUCUAAUCUGAUUGAAUUAAAUCAUCUGUUUGUCAUCUUCCUGUCUGCAGGUAUGGUCAUCACCUGUCCAAAACCUCGUACGUGGUCUGUAAUGAUCCCCCCACUAUCCAGAAGAUCUUCAGCCGGAUACGAAACUUUGAAGGCAAGGGUCUGUACCCAAAGGUGUGUGGUGGUGUCCAGGUUGUCCACGUCAGAGAUGUAACCACAGGAUACGACAGCAGCCAGCCUGACCUCAGAUCUGUAAGUCGGGAAGAGAUGGAGCGGUUUGUUUUUCUCAGCUGUGACAUAAACAUGAAGAAAUCCCCCACAGUUUGUUAGGUCAGCCAGAGUUUCAAUAAAACUCAGAAACAGCAGAAGCUGGAGGGUGGUCACCUGAGACCUGUUUCAGACCUUCAGAGGUGAAACUUUUAAAGUCUGUCCACACCAAAGUUUUCACCUUUCCCUAAAACUGAAAAAACGUCAUUUGUUUCAUGAAGAACUUCUGCUUUAGCUCUGAUUGGCUCAAGUUAGUGAACCAAACAGGAAUAUCCAGAUACUGCAUCCUGAUUGGGCAAGGCAACAAAACAAGCACACAUAAUUAUUUCUAUGAUUGUCUGUAGAAAAUCUGAGAUAAAGAUGGACUCAUGUUCUUAGCAUGGAUUCGAAGCGGGACCAGGUGUCCAAUCAAUGUCCAGAAAACAGAACAGGCUGAAAAUCUGCACAAGGGGGAACCAAAACAGACUUGAUUAGGACGUUAUUAAGAUCUUCUUUAUCUUUGUCUAAACUAAACUCAAUUACUGCUCCUCUGUUCUCUGUGGAGGUACUUCCUGUCACCAAGAGCAGUCACAUGAUCACCUUAACGCUGCAGAAUGGCGUCGUGGCCACGCUGAGGACAAGCGGCACCGAACCCAAAAUCAAAUAUUACACUGAGUAUUGCGCUGCACCGGGGGUCAGGUCAGCUUGCUGCAACACAUGCACACACAUACAUACCUACAUGCUUACUCUCUUUCACACACACACACACACACACAUACACACACGUUUCUGUCUGUUGGAAAUCAAAUAAAUCCACUUAUCUUUUCUUUUUUAUCUCGAGUUGUUUUUGCUGACUAAGGUUUUAAAGACGCUGUAUUGACCUGAUAAUCAGACCAUCCUGAACAAAGGCACCCCCCCCCCCCCGAAAAAAAACAGAGUCCAUCCCCCUUUUAAAGAGUGAUAUUUAGGAAAAGACUUUUUUGAAGCCCAUUAAAAUAAUAAUUCUCAAACAGACUCUGAAUAAAGAGUCAGGCUGAUUUUUUUUACUUUAUGUUGAUAAAAACACUUAACUGAACAUGUUUAAGCAAACAGUUGGUCACCUAAACAUUCAUUCCAUUUUUCAACUAUGUCAGAUAUCCAGCAAUGAUUUAACGAGAAAGUCAUUCUCUCCAUAACCUGUAUAGUGUUCACAGUAUCUGCUGAUGUGUCUGUAAACGCUGUUCUUCGCUAACAGUCAGAAAGAAGACAAAAAUGUAACAAGUCACGUUUUAAUGCCAGUAAUCUCAAAGCCAAACAAGCCCUGUUAAUAUGCACUGAUACCAAACACUGAACACUACAGACUUGGUCCACAGGGGGUGCCACAGAAACGGAGAUCCCAGCUGCUGCGUCACAUAAAAAUCUUUGAUGUUUCAUAUUGAAGCUGUUUGGUGAAACACUAAAGAGAAACAAAAAUAUUAAUUUACUGUUACAAUUGCCAGUGUGACCUUUAUUUUCAGUCACAGAGGAGAUUCAACAAAUGAAAAACAAACUACAGAAAAUGUCUGAAAACAUCCUUUCAAAAUUAUACAGCAUGUGAUGUCAUCAUUACUGUUAAAUUGUUGUCAUCAUCAUUGUGUGUCCAUGUUGCAGCGAGGUGUCCCAGCUGGAGGAGGAGCUGCGGAAGAUCACCACCGCUCUGCUGGACGACUUUCUGGAGCCCGAGAGGAACAACCUGAUCCGCCGCAGUGUGUAGCUCUGCCUCCAGUGCACCCUGUCCUUUCCCAUGAGCCCACAGCUGUUCCCUGUUGAUGACACCAAAUCCUGUCUCGCUUUUAGAGGAAUCUGAAGUCAUUGUAGUCGCAGCUGCUGCCUCUCUGUGUGCUGUGGAUGAAGUUCACUUUAGAGUCCAUACUUUGAACAAAGAACAACACAUCCACCUGAAACAUGUGUGUUUACCUCCCAGCAGAGAGCAUCAUGGGUAAGAGAUGCAGAGCUAAGAGUAUUUUCAUAAAGAGGAUGGAGGAGAAAACUUAAGUCCAAACGUCACAUUUAGUUUACAAUAUCUGGAAGUUUGAACAGGACAGAAGGAAGUUCAAAUGAUGUUCUGUUGACGACCUACAUCAGUGUAUGAUUCCUGUUUGAUGGAUGUCUGUCAUAAUCAUCAUGGUCUUGGGGACAGACCUGAUCAGUCAAUCCUAAAGGAACAGUCAAGGAGAAAACUGAGACUAACGUUGUCAUGAUGCUAGACUUUAUCUAUGAGCAGUUUGGGUUUACUGAGAUAUCACUCUGAGAAAUGAAGACACAAUUUAGUGUGCAGUGAUGGAAAAGAAAAGCAGGUUUUCAGAACUGUCUCAUGUUUGUUAACUCACUGCUGCUGCUCUCAAAGCUGGCAGGAUUUGGUUUGUUUUCUUGAAUCUUUCGUUUUGUUUUAACAUCUUUUUCUUAUUGGUUCAUGUCAACAACAAAGUAGUCGGAGCAGGAAUGUCAAGCUGCAUCAGAGUUUAAAGGUUACAAGACAAAAAUGUGAGAUUUUAAGAACAGAGCUGUAAAUGAAUAAGAAAGAAGAGUUAUUGAGAUUGAAGGGUCAGACGAGCAGAAAUCCAAGCGCAUACAGGGUCAGCUGGGAGCAGCCAUUCUUCUUUCUGACCCAGCCUGAUGCAUGAGAGGGGUUUGGUGAGUUUAAUGUCAAGGUCUCCAAAUUUGAGGUUACUAAGAUUAAAAAAGGGGCUCUUUAUGGUAUCAGCCCGACUCUAACACCACCCUGCUGCUCAGUCCCUUAUAAAUGACUGUUGAGUUUUCGGUUCGUAUGAGUUCAGAAAAUGCUCCAAUCUUCAGCUCAGCUGCAUCACAGUCCUCAGGAUCGGACCUGUAAGGACCGCUGUGUGGUAACUAGCAGAUGACAUCGACCCCCAACUUGACACAAUGAUCUGAGUUCUUUUAAUAACAUAUACUGGUGUUCUGAAACCAGUAUGUGAUCAUAAAUCUCACCUUGAUUCUCUCUCACAUGUUUUUUAUUCAUUCACACAUUUAUUCUUGUACAUCUGCAGCUUUAGUCUGGAAAUAUUCAGACUCCGUUCUUGAACUCUCACAUUUCUAUUUUCAACGAAGCGAACCUUUUUGUGUUAUACUCCAAAAACCUUCAAAACUGAAAGCCUCUCAGCCAAACUGAAACCAAAGAAAAAGAGAGCCUUAACUAUGACAUCUGGACUCUGAGUCUGAUUUCUGUUUAAUAUUUUCAGCACUUUAUUCAUCAAAUAGUAAAAACUUGUUUUUUUUUUGUUUGUUUGUUUUUUCCCUGGAAUAGUGAUUCAAACUCUGAUCAGGCAAACAUCAUUCAACAGAUCCAUUCACAGGCUGCAGUUUUUCUGUGGUCAGUUUUGUCCUAAUUGAGCCUCCAUGAAAAAGCAGAAUGUCUCUUUAGCCAAACAGGAAGUCAGCUCUUUGUGUUCUUCUUCCCUUUGUGCUUUUUGGAUGCUGAGCUGAAUGUCAGGGAUGUUUAUUUUUAUACUGUAGUCUAAAGAUCUAAAGAUCUGUAGGUCUAAAGAUAUUUAUGUGGCAUUCAGGUGUAGAGAAGCUGUGAUGUGUUUAAGGGUCACUGCAGAGUCAGUCAAUCGGAUUUGGUUGAUAAGAUGGAGGACAGAGUGAUGUUACUGUGGUUCCCUCGACAAUCCACCAAUAAAACCUUCAAACAUGCCUGUUUUUUUCUUCUCUUUAUUACGGCUGCUACACUUAGAUCCUACAGGAAAAAAAACACUUCAGGUUUUCAAACACAGACUUUGAUUUCAUUUGAAACUUAAAUCACAUCAUGAGACACUGUCGAUAAAGUCUAGAGGCUGAAAGAUGUUUAUAAACUUUUUUAAAGCCUCUUCAUUGUCAUUUUAUUCACUCUAUCACUUUUUUAAUCAUUAUUCUCACUCAAAAACACAACCCUUUUUGCUUCAAUGUCGAAUUCAAACAAAGAGUCGGACUUUAUCUUCUGGAUAUUCAUAUUUUUAAUAUCUUUGAGAAGUUUUUUAUUUCUGUGCUUUGUGGAAAAAUCUGGGUAAAUGCAGUUUUUUGUUGUUAGUUUUUAAGGUUUUUAUAUCUUUCUGUAAGGACAGGUGAGUUGUCAUAUUUUCAUUCAUUAGGGUUCAUAAGUGUAUUUGGUCUACUGAUGUAUUAUUAUUAUCAUUAUCAUUGUAGAGGUUAUUCUCAUUAUUUCUGUUGUUUGAUUGUCAUGCAGAUUGUGUUUUAGGUUGUUAGGAACCUCCAUGCUGAUCUUUUCUGUAGCUCAGGGUGGCUCUCUGUAAACUGAACAAACUGAGGAGGAGGAGGAGACUGAGGUCAAACACAAAUGCACAAACUGAGGAGUAAAAACCUCAGAUUUAGGUUCCCGGUCAGGUGAGCUGGAGAUUAAAGGUCUGAAGGGGAUUUUGUUGGGAAUAAAGAUAGUUGUUUCACAGCUUGUGUUGAUCAUGGAUGAGGUUUUAGAGUUUCUGGUCUGACACUGAAGUUGCGGAGGAUCCUGUAGCGUAUCUGGUGCAAGUUUAUGCCAUAGAUGACAGGGUUGAUGAGGGGAGGGACCACCAGGAACUCUGCGGCCAGCAUGUUGUGUAGCGUCUGCAGCUUGCUGCUGCUGCUGCUGUAACGAGAGUACAUGAUGUCAAAGACCAGUGAGCCAGUGAAGACCAGCAGUGUGAUGAGGUGUGGCAGACAAGUCUGGACGAACUUCCUACGGUUGGAGCGCAGGCGCAGUGAGGCACAGACCAGGUGCGUGUAUGACACCAGGAUGAGCACGGUCUGUGAGACGUGCGAGAACAUGAGCACAAAGCCGUAGAUGUUAUUGACAAUGGUGUCGGAGCAUGACAGCUUCACGACCUCCCAGUUAGUGCAAAAGAACUUGUGAAUGUGGCGUCCGCAGAGCGGCAGGCGGGCAGUCAGGGCGACUCCCACUGAGAUCUCCAGCAGAGAGAAGCUCCAGGUGAGAAGCAACAGCUGCGCCACUCGCCACGUCGUCAUCAGUGUGUGAUACUGCAGUGGCUUACAGAUUGCAAGGUAGCGGUCAUAUGCCAUAACGGUCAGACUGGUGAACUCAACAAACACGUAAGCAUAAACCACAAAAAUCUGUGACAGGCAGCCAAUGUAUGAGAUGACAUGGGAGUCAGCCAGAAGGUCAUGGAGGAGCUUUGGGUAGAAGCUGGACGCCCCACAUAUCCCAUUCACACAAAGGUUACACAGAAAGAUGUAAAGGGGCUCAUGGAGUGACUUCUCCAAGCAGACAACCACGAUGAGUGUCAGGUUAACAAAGAUCGUGAGGAGGUACGUGAUCAGAGCAAAGGAGAAGUAUAUCUGACGGUUUGUCAGAGAGUCAUUCAGACCCUGAAGAAAGAAGACGAGCUCAGAGCGAUUCUCCAUCAGACAUCAAACAUCAGACAGCGAGACAGGAAGUUAAGGUCCCUCAGCUCA